AUGUUAGCACUUUUCCUGAAAGAUAGUAAGGUAAGUUAGGAGAAGAAUGUUCCUGUCUGGUUGCUUGCAAAUCCAUUCAUAGUUUUAAGUGUAUGCUAAUGAAACCAAGAAGAAAAUGCUAAACUCAUAAAACUCUAAACUUCUUUGAAAGGUCAUUAGUUGCUUAGGGUUCUGAAGGAGUUUUUAGUAGUUGCUAGAAUUAUGCCCAUAAUUCAUUUUAUUAGUAUACAUUUUUGGUUUCCAGAUAUGUCUGAAUAGAUACUGAGACCUGGAAAAAGAAAUAGAAAAAAAAUUAUUUGCUUUGUACUUUCUUUUGGCUAUUGGUAUUGUCCAUGGCAUUUAUGUUUUGAGGGUCAAUGUAUUUUGCUACAUUCUCUCUUCCCUUGCAGAUACCGUCAGACCUUCUUGAUAAGGAGUUUCUGCCUAUUCUACAGGAGGAGCCCUUACCACCCUUGGCACUUGUACCUUUUACAGAAGAAGAACAGGUUGGUUUCUGAAUAAACAGAAAAUGGGAAUUUCUAUACAGUGGUAUCUUGGUUCUCAAACUUAAUCCGUUCCGGAAGUCCAUUCCAAAACCAAAGUGUUCCAAAACCAAGGCACACUUUCCCAUAGAAAGUAAUGCAAAACGGAUUAAUCCGUUCCAGACUUUUAAAAACAAAAAACAAAAAUUGCUCAAACAGCAAUUUAACAUGAAUUUUACUAUCUAAUGAGAGCAUUCAUGCAUGAAAUGCAGGCAAUAAUCAGUGUACUUCACUAUAAAAUAAAUAAGACAGUAUUGUAGAUGAUAAAAAUUAAAAUUAUUAUUAUUUUGUUACCUGCACUGAUGAUAGUCAUUUUUGAAUGGGGGGCUUUUAUCCCUUACCACAGUCACACAAUCAAUCAAUCAAUCAAUCAAUCAGUAGCUGAACUGGGUUCCACACAGUCACAAAAACAAAUUAACCAAGAAAGCCUCAAAAACGCAAAAUAAAUAGCAAAAACAAAAGCGCCAAACGUAAUCUGUUCCGGGAGUCUGUUUGACUUCCGAAAUGUUCAAAAACCAAGGUGCAGCUUCUGAUUAGUGCAGGUGCCCCAGAAACAAUAGCCGACAGCUGCUUUGAACAUUCGGCCUUCGAAAAAUAUUUGAAAACACUUCUGGAUUUUCGGCGUUUGAGAACCAAGUUACUACUGUAAGCCUUAUACUUCAUUAAUGUAGGAAAAGUGGAAUAUUCCACUAUUGUAUCUCAUUGAUCCUUCAGGUUUAGAGAGAUGCACUCAAAUACAAAGCAGUUGCCCAGGGGUGAUACUCAACUGGAAUUGAUAUUGGUAUGCUUCAUUCUAAAUACAGUGGUACCUCGGGUUUCAUACGCUUCAGGUUACAUAUGCUUCAGGUUACAGACUCCGCUAACCCAGAAAUAGUACCGCGGGUUAACUUUACUUCAGGAUGAGAACAGAAAUCGCGCAGUGGCGGCGCAGCAGCAGCGGGAGGCCCCAUUAGCUAAAGUGGUGCUUUAGGUUAAGAACAGUUUCAGGUUAAGAACAGACCUCCGGAAUGAAUUAAGUUCUUAACCUGAAGUACCACUGUAUGUCUGCUAUGGCUUGGGAAAUCUUAGGCUGAGAGAAUUUUACAGGGUAUUCAAAGUAUGCAAGUUAAUCCAGGGAGUUUUUAACACAUAUUUGAAACAUGCAAAAAAGUAUUGCUCCCCAUUGUUUAAGCUGUGAAAUUACUAUUUAAUUAUUAUCAGAAACUUUAGAAAUGGAAUUUUGAAAUCUGUUUAUAUGUUAAGUGGUUGCCUUCUACCCCCCACAAAUACAGUAAGUUUCAGCAGAAUACACUGCAGGAGAACAUAAUGUUUUAUAUUUGAAUUCUGUAUUGCUGUUUUCUUUCUCCUUUAUUUGAUAUAUUUAUUUCCUGCCUAUCCAAAUAAUUGCUCAAGAUGACUCACAAUUAAAAAUACAAAAUCCAAAGCCGUUAGAAAAUUAUAAUUUAAACGAUAAAUAUUAAAAUCCACAGUAAGUCCUUCUGAACACAAUGGGAUUUACAAGUAAUAAUUUUUAGGUGUCCUCUUAUGUUGCUACAUUUGUAGCCAUGAAACCCCUUCAUGAAUAGCAUAUACAACAGGUAAUAAGGGACUGUGUUACACACAGAUCAGUUAAGAGAGUUCCUAGUUCGACAUACAGUGGUACCUCGGGUUACAUAUGCUUCAGGUUACAUACACUUCAGGUUACAGACUCUGCUAACCCAGAAAUAUUACCUCGGGUUAAGAACUUUGCUUCAGGAUGAGAACAGAAAUCAUGCAGCGGCGGCGCAGCAGCAGCAGGAGGCCCCAUUAGCUAAAGUGGUACUUCAGGUUAAGAACAGUUUCAGGUUAAGAACGGACCUCCGGAACAAAUUAACUACUUAACCCAAGGUACCACUGUACUAGCAAACUAUAGAUAGUUUAAACCAGAAUCCAAUCUUCUCAUUUUAAGCAUAUUGGAGCAGGGCUGGAGAGAAGGGAGGAGCAUUUUAAUCCAAGGCUUGAACCUAAUACAAAUAUUGUAUCUGAAUAUGCAUAUAAUCAAGUGCUUUGCUGUGUUGUGUAAUUCUUAUAACUUGAAACAUAAGCCACUUUCUUUAAUCUGAAAAAGAAAAAUCAUUCCUUGGUGUCUUAAGUGACAUCCACUAUACACAAAUCCAAAGUAACUGCGUAAUUAAUAUUCUAAACAUGAUGAACACGUGAAGCCAUUUUGUAGUGCGUCGGACUGUUGGUCCAUCUGACCCAGUACUUGCUGUUCUUACUGGCAACAACUUUUCAAGGUGUCAGCAGAAUUUUUUCUUAGCCCUGCUGUAUAUCUGAGAUCCUUUUUAACAAGAUUGAACAUGGGCUCUUUCCUUUCACAUAUAUUCUACUAGUGAGUCAAACACUGUUCAAACAUGCUAGAGCAUUCAUUUGCAAAAAGCUCAUUUUGAUAUUUGAAUAUUGAAGGAAAUUGUGACCUCAGAAGUUCACCAGCAAUACUUACGUAGCUUGAAAAUGGCUGAAUAAUACAUUAAAAUUUUGUGGGGGGGGGGGGGAUAGGUCUGAUUUUAUGAUAGUAUUGUUACGAAAUAUUUCUCUCACCGUGUUUCUUCUUUUUGGCAGAGAAAUUUCUCUAUGUCUGUAAAUAGUGCUGCUGUCCUACGAUUGAUGGGACGAGGCGGAGGAACGGUGGUAGGGGCUCCUCGAGGUCGAAGUUCCUCUAGAGGCCGAGGUGAGAGGCUUUGUGAAUGUGAAGUAGUGUCAUUGUUACAUUUUAGAAUUAAACUGCUUAACCCCGUAUGAAGAUGUUGGGGGUUUAUGAUCUGCCAUGGCUUUUCUUUCUUUGGAAGGAAAGGUGGGAUAAAUGUUACAAAAAAUAAAUGUAAGCCAGUAAGAGAGAGAACCUGGGAUAGAAUUGGGCCCUAGCAUGAGAGAAGGUAAGGGCUGCAGUACUGCAAAGUAAUUAAGGAAGUUUCAGUAUACGUAUACAUCCUGUGUUUGGUUUUCCCAAUGUUUGACCAAUAUUCCUGGAUUUAGUGAAGGAAAAACAAUAUUUAGUGGAUUUUAAGGUAGGAGCUGAGAUAACAACUCUUACUAUAAAAUAUUUGAGUUCACUGGAUAAAUAAGUAGAAUAUAUCAAGCCAUCUGCAUAUUACAAAAACGGGAAAAUGAUAACAAUUUCUGCCUUUAAUGGCCCACAAAGUCAUCUUAGACCUCCUCUGCGAUGUGAGGUAGUAGAAUGAACAGAUGUAAAAUAGUUACAACAACCUGCAAGAAAUGUAGACAUAAUAGUUGAAUUCAUUUAACUGACUGCAUGGAGCUGGUCAUAGAUAUAUUUGUAGCAUAGAAGUGUAGAACAAAAACUACUUAAGGCAAUAAUUUAAAAGAAUGUAAAGAGCUUCAAAGCAUUCAUGUUCAUUUUUUGUUAUUAUAGAAAUGAACACAUUUUGAGUGUAGUGGGGGGGCUAUAAACUUAGCAUCACAGAAUCAUAGCAGGGAACCUGUUGGAGUGGUCAGUAUUUUUUUUUAAUGUCAUAAUAAUAAUAAAACGUUGAUAUUUUGGUAUCACAGUGGGAUAUCUAUGGGAGCAGUCUGUAAAAAAAGGUUAUUAGGUUAAUUUUGUUUUGUUUUUUUUUUAAAGUUAAAAUUAGGAAUUUCUUUUAAAAUAAAAUUUUGGAGUGCCUUGAGGCCACAAAAAGCCUUUUGCCAUAUGACAUCACAGCGAGGGAUGCAUAGGAGCAGUCAGGUUUUUAAAAUAACAUUUUGGUGGGUCUUAUUGGAAGGCCAUUUUACUAGUUAUGUAUCUCUCUUCUAGGCUGUAUGUCACCCAUAAGUUAACCAUCCCUGCUUUAAAUAAUAUUGUUUUUAUUUCUUUAUUUAUAAAAAAAAUAUAAUCUGCUAUAUCAUAAAAAAUAGUAACCAUGUAAGCAUUUAAAUAAUAGAUCAUCAACUAGCUGUUGCAGAAAUAUGUUUUCUUAAUUGUCUACAUAAACUGGGUAGCAUAAAAAAAAUUUCAACAGGCAUUUAUUUAAAGGAUGAUGGCAAAUGACAGUUUUGUAGGCUUCCUAUAGAACCAUGCUUGUGCUGUUCUUUACUCAUUUUUACUGUGACCUUUUUGUAGGAGAUCUUUAGAUAUGAAAAAGAAAUAAUCUAGCAGUGAUUAUGCUUAAAUUUUCAAUCUUGCAAGCAUACUUGUUGAUGUUCCCCAGUGCAUAUUUGGUUUUGUAGUAUUUUCUGCUAAUGUUCCUAAAGUAGAGUGUCCUAACUGUGUGCUGGGGAAAAGUGUAUUUUGUAUUAAAUUGCUCCUCACUUAAAACCUUUUACUGUAGCAACAGUAUUUGGCAAUCUAGUACUGCUAGUGUUGUCAUUGGGCCAUACGCCUGUGCUAGUAAUUCCUGUGCUGUUUCUGCCACUACUUUUAAGAGAAGUGACAACUGCAUAACUUUCCAGCAGGGUUCAUGCUGGUGGGGGAGCAGAAAAUGGGAGUAACUCAGAAAUUAGAAGGAAUGCUUGUGUAGUUGCCUAGCAAUGCACACAUGAUUAUUCCUUUCCUUUUUUUAAUUUAAAUUCUUACUGAGCUCACAAAUAUGACUGGAAAGUUGCAGUCCUUCCGCUAAAGUGGAGUGAUAAUAAAUGGUGUACAAGUAAGAUGUAAAAGAGGUAGUUUCAGUGUUUUGUUUCAGUGUUUGCUCACUUUAUUAGUUUUGUUUUCUUAAUAUUUACUGGUGACUGAGGAAGAGGAAACAUCAUUUAUUGAUUCUGUUUUAUAGAAUUGCUAGUCAUAAUCGGACAAGUGCCAGGAGCACUCAACACUUUCUCUGGACCAACUGAUGGUUCUCUGUGGUUCGGAUUCCACGCAUGGCCCAGUAGUUACCUGUCAUGUAAGACAGCACCUGCUUUGCUACAAACCUAUGAUUUAUGAAAAAUCAAACAAUGUGCAUUUUCUAAUUGGUCUCCCUAAGAGCUCGCUUUGAAGGAAGAUUGGCACUUUGGCAAAGUGCAAGAAUCAGCUUUGGUCUUGUUGGUUCCAAAGGAAAAUGGUAAAAUUCAUAAGAUCUCAACCAUAUUUUGUCUUUCAGGCAGAGGUAGAGGAGAAAGUGGUUUCUACCAAAGAAGUUUUGAUGAUGUAGAAGGUGGAUUUGGACGAGGAGGGGGCAGAGAAAUGCACAGAUCCCAGAGCUGGGAGGAAAGGUAAUUCAAUAAACAUAUACAUUGGCAUGGACUGCAUCUGAAGCUCAGAUAACUUGUUAUGUUGGUAGAAUCCUGGCUGCUCUAAAAUUUGUCCUUCUAGGUGUCUUGUCACAGAUGUGGCCACCAUGUUUGUGAGCAUAGAUUUCAUAGAAUCGUAGAGUUCGAAGGGAUCCUGAGGAUCAUCAAGUCCAACCCCUGGCAAUGCAGGAAUGCUGCCUACAGUUGUCCCUGGGUGGGCUCAAACCACCAACCUUCUGGUUAACAACCAAAUGCACUGACCUAUUUUGCCACAAGCAUGAGUAUACUACACCUGCCAGGGAGCCAGGGUUGGCAGCGACUCCCCUUUGAGAGUAUGUUUAAUAGCAAACUAGUUUUGCCUUGCAAUGUAUGGAACGGCUAUAGAGGUCCAGCUAUUUCGAUAAAUUUUGAAGUUAUAAGAUCUAAAAUGAGUGACAGAGCCUUCUAUAAGAACAGGUGGAUAAAAAUGCUUAAACAAGCUAACUGAACCAGGGCACUAUUGGAUGAUAUUGAUGAUUCAGGAAAUCAAGUUACAAAACAUAAUUAUCCCUUGUAGAAUUUAAGAAAGAUCUGAAAUUGGUAGCCUUCAUGACAUCAUAGCUUAGUACUUAUCUGGAAUUACUAAGAGAACAAGGAAGAAUUGAACCUGCUUAGGAGAGAAGAGAUUAUGGUCAGUAUCCAAAGAACUAAGGAAUUAGAUCUGUAAUCAGAAGAGGACUUAGACUUAUUUCUCUCAACAGCAAAUGCCUCUGCUUCAAGGCAAUGCUUUUGAAACCAGGGAGAAUUUCAAAAGCAGUUUGUGUUAAUGGCACUUGAUUUAACUGUUCAAAGAGUGGGGGCAAGUCAAAAUGUAUUGGGCUAGCAAACACCACUUGAAUGAUCUUAAGCAGCACAGUGGAUUCGAACCUAAAACAACUAAACUGUAUUCUAAUGGGUUGAAAUAAAUUGAUCCACAUAAGGAAAAACACAAAUUGUGACUCAAAAAGGUCAAAUUAAUUCUUCCUGAUGUCUUCCUGAAAUGCCAAGAGAGAAAACAUCAGCUAUAUUUUCCAACAAGCAAAUAUUAGUUAACCAGUGGGGAUUUCCCCUCAUAUGUGUUAUAUUUUUAUAAACUUACCCUAGACAGAUCAAGAUUAGAUUUUUAAAAAUGAGACAAGUAAAUUAGUGUCAUCAGGCUAAUAUAGAUUGAUAUUCAUGGAACAUUAGUAUGCACUAAAAUAGGAUGCAUGCAUUGACAGUAACAAAUAUUAUUAAGAAGUUCAAUAAUAUAACAAAACAUUGAUCGUUAGGGCAAAUGGAUAGUAGAAAUACACCAGUAACACACGUUUUUACAGGUUUGUCUUCAGAAUGACUUUUGUUACCUGUUCUGAUACCUAUAUCUGUAUAUAUAUUCUGCCCAGAGUAUGCUAUUAAUAAACAUUAUUUCAACUUGUUAUUCGUACAUCACAGAAAUAAUUGUGAUCCAUUCCCUGUCUUAAGUGUUUCCAAAUGCUUUGGUAAUUUGCUAUUUUGCCUUUUUAGGGGGGACAGGCGGUUUGAAAAACCAGGCCGAAAAGAACCAGGUAUGUGGGUUGUUUUUUGUUGUUUUUUAAAUGGUAUGGAUAUCUAGAUUUUGUUUUAUUAGUAAGAAAUUGAGAUUCAGUGUCUAAAUCUGAAAUUAUCAAAAUCAUAUGCACACAUAGGCCAGCAUCUUUAGGAAAUGGGAUUAGAUAUGUGCUUUUACAAAAUAGGCCAACAUUUUUAGGAAUUGGAUUAGAGCCUGGCCUGUAUGAAUUGGAGAGAGUGAAGGUUUUUUUUGGGGGGGGGGGAGUUAUAAAUUGUGUACUACUUCAUUUAGAGUUACAUUAUAAUUAUUUUAAAGCACAAUACUGAACUUUUCUUAUUUUUUAGUGACCAACAAACUUUUUUUGUUUUUUGUUUUCAUAAUACACAUCUUGUUGAAAGCAACAGGCUAUUUUAAGGGUCAUUUCACAUGACCUCAAGUUGGCUGGGGUACAUAGUGAAUCAUAUGCCCAUUAGAGCUGGUCAUGCUACAAGAUUGCUCUGCCACACAGCCAAUUUUUGGGCUGUAAUGAGGUCAAUGGGAUUAAAAAUUACUUGCUAAAUUGUGUGCUGAAAUUUGCUCUGGCAAGCCAUUGGAUGCAUUCAGUGGUGAUAAGACCAAAGUAAAGUUUUGGAUCAUGCCAUGUUAUGUCUCAAGUAGUUUGCUUUCUGAGCAUUUUUGCAGUGUAAUGCAAGAUAACAUUUGGAAAAACCAAUUCUCUAAUACCCCUUCCCAGUUAGUCCAUAAUUCCCCCAACACAAUUGCAUAAAAGUUACAACUUGUUGGCUUGGAUCAGGUAGUCCAGAAAAAGAUGCUGUCUAUAGGAGUUGGUUUAUUAUAUACAGGCAACCUACAGUGCAGAUAGCCUGUGCUUCUUUCUGCCCCUCCCCCUGUUUCCUAGUUCCCUGGAAAAAAGAGAAAGGAACCUCACCCUUUCUACAUAGUGCUAUGAGAGUGAGCCUCAGGCUUUUACUUUUGUUUUAAACUAAUUAUAGCUUAUGGUGACAUUCAAACCUGAACAAACUACAAGUUAGUGUUAACUAUACAAGACAACUUCAAACCAUGGGCUAUGAAACUAGCUUACUUUCAUUAAUCAUAGAUUACUCAUAGCAUUUCUUUGUGGCCAUGCUGGGGAAGAUAAAAAUGUGCAAGCCCAAGACUUGCUGCAGCUCAUCCUCAUCAUGCUAAACUAUGGUUUAUCAUUAUGUGUGAACUAGGUCAUUUGUAUUGUGAAAUAGGGGCUUGUUGUUUUCCUAACGUUUUUGGUGAACUGGUUUCUCAAGUUGAAGAAAAGAACUUGGCUUUUCUGAGGAAUUUUAAAGGUGCUAAUAGCCACCAAGCACUCUUUCUGAAAGUCAAUAGGAUUUGAGUGCUUAACUGCAGCUUGCUGUUCUUUGUUAGGAGAUUCUUUUAAUAUAUAUACUCUGAAUUUUGUAACAGUGCCAGAUUUCUAUGGUGAUCAAAACUUGAAAAUUGUAUGAAUCGCCAUCUGUUUUAAUGCCCUUUGAAUCCCCUUUAAAGCAUCUAAGUUAUGUUGUUGUGCUGUUCUAUUUUAGUUCUUACGACGUUGGUAACACAGAAUUAGAAGGCAUAUUUCCAAUUCCUCUGGCUUUCAGUCAUACAUAGAUUUAAAUCAUUUUGUUUCUUGGACACUGUCUGAACUUAGUAACAUUUUUCUCUCUAUAGCUAUGAGUUAAUAUUUAGGCUCCUAAAAGUAAUUUAUAUCGUUUUUAUAAGGCAUUUCAUGGCAAAAGAUGAUUUACAAUUCCUUUUCUAAUUUUUCUUCCACAUUUCUAUAAGAUAGGUUAAUCUUCAAAAUUAUGAUACCCAAAGUCCAUCCCACUGAAGCCGUAGGGCUUUGUGGGGUUUUGUAUAGGCAUCUAACUUGUCAAGAGAUGGCUUGUAAAGCUAACCUUGGUUUAGUGGUAUGAGUUCAAGUCAUGGCAAGCCUAGGGCUUGUGUUUUCUCCUCUUCCAUGACCAUUAGGAGGAAGCUUCCAUAUAUGUUUUUAUUAACCACAGUUUAGCAUUUUAUCUGAACCACAAACUGUGAUCAGUCUUAAUUGAAGCUAGUGACAACAAUCCAACUUCAUAACUCAUGGUUUGAAGUUGGCUUGUUUCCACUAACCAUGGCUAAGACUAACCACAGUUUGUCCAGGUUUGGACCACAACAAGCUGAAGUCUAAACGUGAAAUGAAAGUUUCUGAACUCUUCCUCAUGGCUGCACCUGAGGAUGAGAGGUGAGUCUGAAGCUUGCUGUGGUUUGUAAUGCUAAACCAUGGUUUAGCCAUGGUUGAGUGAUACAUGUGAACAUUGCCAAUCUAUACUCAGGUUUUUUCAGUAAGUUAUGGGUAAGAUACCUGUUGCAAUUUGCAGUGUCCCAACAGAGAGUGCAGUGGAGGUAGGAUGCAGAUGGUUGUUGGAAGUUAAGAUGCUUGCUUUUAAUAUGGAUGGUUAGCUGCAGGUUCUGUCUAUUGGCAGCUUAUUUCUAGCAUGGUACUCAGUGCUGAAGUGGUCUAACUGAACUGCAUACCUUGUGCUGUAUAUUGUACUUAAAUAUAUGCAACUUGUCUUUCCUGAAUUUUUGAAGCAGUAGUAUAAUAUUAGUCCUACAGUACCGUACAGACAAAGCUGUUGGCUUACAAGGAUAAUUUGCCCCUCUAAAUUGAUAUAUAAGUCAGAAAUUGGACUAACGUGGCAGGAAAAAACCAUAAUGGCACUGCACAUACCCUUUUUUAUGUAGAAAUGUUUGCAAAUACAUUACAACCUGACUGGAUUGUUCAGUUUUUGAGUGAAGUUUUGCAUUAGUUUUAUUGUGCACAUGGAAUACGUUAAGCUGUAGGACCUCCCACAAAAAUUUAAAUAUUAGAGAAUGGGGGGGGGACUAAGCUUCACUAUGUGAGGUUAAUAAUGCUGUAAAAGGGAGAUAAUUUUUUUAAGUGACUAUGCUGGACAAAGAAUAAAGUGAGUACAAGUACAAUUUAAUAGAUAUUAAUCCAAGGUAGUGAUUGCUGUUACUAUCCGGUCUCUGCAUUGGGCUAAUCCAAUAUUACAGUACACUGUGAAUGAAAAGAUUAAAGCCUCGGCACAGACAAGGGAAGAAAUACUUCAACAACCCUGUAUGUCUUACAGUGUAAGAGAUCACAAGGGUCUAGUGCUAUGAUGUGAUUAUGUUCCAAAAACGAACUAUUUCUAACACAGAGAUUGCAUGACCCCCUGCUUUCUUACAUUCAGUUACAAAAAUACACUUAUUCCCAUCUGUGUAUAGGCUGACUACUCUAUCAUUGCUUACAUAGAACAUCAACAUUAGUAAUGUUAGUAAAAUGCUGGUUCUUUGAGUUGCCUUUUAGCAGCUGUGAAUUGGCAGCUAGCACCAUUGGGACCAGCUGAUUGUUCCAUAGCCCCACCAUGUCUCAGUUGACCACAACAUCCAAAUCUUUAUAAUCAGGCACAAAACCAUUUUUUAGAUUUGGGAGAAGUAAGAGAGAGUUUCUUAGAAAAUACUCUAUGAUUUGGUAACAAAUCUUAACAUCCACACUAGUAUAUACAUAUAAAUAUGUUUAUCCACGUUCAAGAGCUAAAAAACGCCAGGCUCUUCAUAACCACAAGUCAGUAUUAAAGUAAAGUAUUGAUACCUAUGCAAUGUUUUCUGAGAAGAGCCUUUUAAUGAUCCUUGAACAUACAAGUAUUUAGUGAUUUUGAUGAUGCUCUUCCUUGGUUUUGAGUGCAGAGUAGCUAGUGCCCUUAGCUAAACAAAUGUGAAGAAGCCAUAAACGUGGUCCUCUGGACCAUUUAAAAACUUGGUUCAUUUUAAUUUUUUUAAAAACAACAACAACCAUUAGUUCUUGUAAUUGGUUCUGGUAAUAAUCAUGAUUCAACUUGGCAUAGAGCCUUAUGUUCAAUGUCUCAUAAUUAUAUUCAUGUUUGUACAAUUAUUUUACACAGUCAUGCAUUUUAUCUCUGUUUUUAUUAACUGAAUGGUUAUUUUGGAAAGAAACUGCAAUAAAUGUGGGAAGCAGUGGAUCUUUCUGAUGACAGGAGUAAUUAGAUUUUGACUUGCAACAAGGCAGAGACAUGAGGUGUUGAUUAUCCUUGAGAGGAGAAUUGCAAAUAGUGAUCGAUGAAUUCCUGUUGUCUGCUAAAUUUAUUGCAUGUUUCUCCGUAUGAAAAUAGUUCCAAUAUAGAAUAUUUAAGUCUAAUACAUGUAAAAAUUCUUGCCAUUCACUUUCAUCACGAAAGUGCCUACGGGUGUUGAACUUGUUCUUAGCUGCUGGAACAAAGCUUCAGCAAAUGCUUGUGAUUUUCCUUAAUAAACAAGCACAGCAGGAUUGCAACUUCAUUGCCACAGAAAAUACUAGCAACAUUCUUCAUAGCAUGUUUAGACAUCAGCAUAUUCUGUUGUAACUGUAUAGCACGAGAGGACUGAUUCAACAAAUCUGAGGGAUCUUGGCCUUUUCAGGUGAAUUUUUUCUUAGUUCUACUACAAUGCCACAGUGUUUACCUUAAUGUCAUUUAAUUAGAAUUUUGACAAGCUGUCUUGAGUCUGGAAGUCUCUUGUUUCAGGGUCAGUGCAGUUUUAAUCAUAGUCUAGUGAAUUCAGCAGGUAGCAGUUCUGUUUUCCCAUAAUUUGUGCAGUGUUUCUUGUCCCUGACUCUGUUUUUGUGCAGUUACUCCAGUGGCUCAUCCAGUUACAUGGAUGCUAUGCUCUUUAUUCUGUGAACUGUUCUGAAGUCAAAGAUAUUGAGAGAAUAAAAAGAGCACAAUAAAAUAGAGAGGAAAGUGAAAACAUUGGUGUGGUAGUCUAAUCCAAUUGCUGAAAACGAAAACAAGCUGGCAUCACAUUCAAAGUCUAUUCAGUCAGAUGAGUCUCACAGAUCUGGAAGCUGUCAAUGUGCUGCCCAUUGAUGCGGAUCUCCAUGUCAGUCCUCUUUGAACUUUUAGAGUCUGCAGCUGGAAGUUCUGGGAUUGUCUUGUCAAAGUUCUCCAUCUUGAUCUGAUAUUCCCCUUUAGCACCUCGAACCAACAUGGAGGCAAAAUGGUGGUGUAAUAUGAUCUCUGAUGGAAGAUAGGAUGUCCUCCUCUGGCAUGUUUCUCCAGUGCCCUCUUGUGUGGCAGAAAGGAAGACUACUAGCUCAAAAUGUUGAUGAGCCUCCCUUUGCAGGAGAAUGGCUAGAGGGCUAGAUGGAGUUAUGGGAUGAUAAUAGGUUAAAGGAAAGAUAAAGAAAGGGCACUCUUCUGAAGUGAUGCUGUCUAGAUGGAAAUCCACACUGGUUUGAUGCAACUGACCAUUUUCUUGUUCUUCAUAAAGAACUGCAGAAAUCCGAACACUGGUGAGUGGGCUUGGGCGAGUAUUGGCCACUUGGAACAUUAGAUAUGGCUUUCCUUCUUUGUGUGUCACUACAGCGGAAUAAGUGAACCGGAUGGAGAGAGCUCGAUUCUUUGGACGGGCAAUUUUUGCUACAAAUGCACCUAAAUAAAAAGAGAAUUUACAUAUAGAUUGUGCGUAUAAUUAUAGUUUCCUGAUUCCCUUUAUAGUAUAUUGAAAGCAAACACAAUUAAAGCAAGUUGCACUGUAUUAGGAUCACAACAUUUAUUAUUAGCAUAAGUAUAUCACAUUUUUAAUUAUGGUUCCCACAUUAUUCAGGUCCAUCACAUUAAUUUCCUAAACCACAAAAAUACUUUUUAUAGUAAAUAUUUUUUAAAUCAGGUGUUCAUUAAAAUAUUUGCCACCAUCUUUGUGAACUUGAAAUGACAUAUGCUUUUGACAAAAUAAGACCACAGUCUCUGCUUUAUAAUAUAGCAUUUCAGGCUAAUCGUCUGCUAAGUAAUCUCUUAGUAGGUUUAUUUUGUUAUAAGCUUCAUUUAUUAUAUAGCAAAUUUUCUUUCAGUAAUAUAGCACAGUGUUAUUUAUUAACUCAUUUAAAAUUAUUUUCAAUAAAACAUAGCAGGGUUUGAAAAUUCUCUGAUAUUCAUUGAAAACUUAUCAGUAAUUCGCGGCAGUCCUAAGCAUACUUAUGGAAAUACUUCAUUGAACUAUGUAGAUGUUGAUUUCUUGGUAAAGCUGCUAAGGAUUCAUCUGUUAGCUUUAAACUAUGCAAAUGUGUAUGGGAAGUUAAUUCUACUAACUAAUCACACUUUUAAAAAUAAUGUAAGAAAUGGUUUUUGAACUAAAGCAUGCAUUUGGGAAGAACUGAAUCACCUAUUUAGAUGUUUAGUACAAGUUGCUAUUUAAUAAUUCUUUUCAUACUGUAAAAUGGAAAUACAUCCUCGUCAAAGAACAGUAUUUUUCAGAAUGCUGAGUGACAUAGCCCUAUCUUUGUUUUCUUGCUGUAGCUUUAUGACAAAGCUCUUAUUUAAACUAUAACAUAAAACCUACUAGGUUAUGAAAUAGUAUGUAAUUACCUGUGAUGAAGGCCUCCAGCAUCAGACCCAGUACCAUUUGUAUAGCAAGUAGGGCAAUUGCACUUGGACAGUCUCCACUUGGGAACAUUGUGCCGUAACCAAUAGUGAGCUGUGUCUCCAGUGAGAAAGAAAAAGCAGCUGUAAAGCUUGUGAUAUACUUUACACAAAUAGUGUGGUUUUCAGGUGGAGAAUCAUGAUCAAUCUCCAGAUCCCCAUUCAUUUCUGCUAGUAGGUACCAGAGAACUGCAAAGACAAGCCAGUGGAGGACAAAAGAAGCAGAAAAUACCAGCAUCAUCCAUCUCCAGCGCAUAUCCAUAAGGAUUCCCCAAGCAUCUUUUAGGUAUGCCAGGCCUUUCCCGUGGGCACCAUCCAUUUGUAGUGUGCUGUGUCCAUCUUUCGUGACCAUUCUUGGAUAUCGUUGGGCCAGGAGAGGAGCACUAGGUUUGGUGUUGUUGCCUUCUAUCACUUCUGUCCUCAUCUUCUGAAAAUGAAAAGAAACAAAACUGUUGGAUGCUUGUUUAUCUGUAGUUCAGAUGAUGUUCAGAGAUUCUGACACAUUGGCAGUGGACCAGAAGCUACCUGCAGCUAGCCAAGGGGGUCUUUAAACAUGCAGUUCUGAGAAAAGUAACUUUGGAGAGCCAGGUUUGCCACUGCUUCCAUUGUACGAUAAUGAUUACCUACAAAAAUUAAUGUUGGAUCCUUCUUUGAUGAUAAUUUAGAAACCUAAGCCAAACUUUUUGACUUCUCAGGUUUAUUUGUGGGUCUAGUGGUUAGUUUGAUAGUGAAGGAGCACAGCAAGUCUUAAUUUUCUGAAAUUCAGAGGUGUGUUCUGUAACUUUAGCAAAUAUGUGUUUAAUAUUUAAGCCAAGCACACUAUCAAAGCUAUUAUUAAUAUUAUAAAUGUUCUAUAUAUUCUUUUGGUGGCCAUCUGAAGGCUGUCAUAUCAAAUAUAAUAAAUUAAAAUUUCCUCAUUAUAAGCUUUUGUGGGGUUUUCUACCUAAAUAUGUUUACUGCUACCAACCAUGAUAUUUUUAUCGUCUAGAAUUGUGGUACCUGGGAUAUAGCCUCUUCUGCUGAACAUACUCAGGCCACUGCUGUUGUAAAGCUGUAUUAAAAAGGGGAUAGAGAAUAAUACGGAAAAUAUUAUGCAAUUAUAUAAGCCGAGAGAAGUCCUGAGGAAAAAAAAACAUCUCUAAGCCCAAUUUGCCAAAGGGGAAACUGGAGUGAGGCUUUUGUUAUGUGUCCUUAAUCGUGUUUCUAAUACUGUAGUGUGGCAGCUUGGGUUCCUGUGGAGUUACAAAUAUUGAGUAUGUCGGAAAAUAAAAGAUCAAUCCCUGUGCUUUUUAUGAGCUUUUCUCUUAUAGCAGAAAAAGCUCACAGUUUUAAAAUUAACAAACAUAAAAGAAAGCAAAAUAUUCAAUCAUGGUGUCUCACUAUUUACUAGAGACUGGUUGAAAUGAAAAAUGUGAGAGAAAGGAUGCUGGCAUAUUUGAAAAGAGAGGUUAAACUGGGGUAACUGCUGAAUGACAUAGUCACAGAGCACCAGAUCUGAUCUAAUAUUGAUGGUAAAAUUGAAACAUAUUUGGUCCAUCUUGUUGCACAAUCAUUGUGUGUUGUUUGUUUCUCUCUGAAUGGGAUCCAGAUAUCUUAUUUCAAAAUAACAACUUCUGGUGGGAGGCUAUCACAUUUUCCAGAUAUUAGACAUUAGUAUUCCCCUUCAAGAAAAAUGCAAAAAUGAUUGCAUUGUAAUUUGAUACAUGCUUACUACAGGCAUAGUUAUGAUAAUAAAUUUGAUUGAAAUAUAUUCUUUACAAAUGUGUAAGGUGGCUUCCUUGGGGUGGGGUGUAUUAAACUGCUUUGAAAUUAAUUAUAAUCAAGCAAAUAAAAAAUGUGUUAAAUAAAAAACACACAAAUUAGUCAUGGGCCAGUCAUCAAAAAGUAGUUGCACUUUUUUAUAGUACUACCGCACCUAAGAUAUUUACAAUCAGUCAGUUUUGACAAAAUGUGGAGUAGAGUUCACUGAUUGUGCAGAGCUAAUCAGAUGCUUAUCUCCUGCAUAUGUUGUACUUGGCGACUCCUUUUUUGCUGUUUUGCUAAGCUUGCACAUGAGUCAUUAUAAUGGUUUUUAUUGUUAUGUUCCUGAUAUUAUGCCAUGCCUGUGUCUCAAGUUGAUUAGAGACUUUAUAUAGCAAGCGACUAACAAGUAAAAAUUAUUAUUAUUGAUGAUGAUAAUGAUAAAUGAAAAAAUCAUGCAAUCUACAGUAUAGAACUGCUAUCCCCUCAACAGAAACAUUUUAAGCUUAAACGUACAGCAAAAGUAAGUUGAAGUCUUAUGGAUUGAACAAGAUGUGUCUGUAAGUCACAGUUGGGAUUUGGGAGCACUGGUGAACAAAGCCAUGACUAAUUGAUAAAGCUGAUGGGGCAAUGAAAAAUGCUAGUAAUAAUACUUAGCCUGUAUGUAGUGGUUUAUUUAGACUUUUCAGAAGUGUUCCACAUACAUUAUUGUAAUUGUCUUUGUAGGCUAUAAAAUAGGUCAGUAUUUCUAUUACAGUUCUGCUUGUAGGGACCUGAAGCUUUGUUCACCGGAGAGGUAACUUUUGAUCUGUGGGUUGGUUCCAUGAUCCACAGCUCUGUCUCUUCACCCUCAUGCUGUACUAGCAAAACAUAUUGACAGUAAGUAGUAUUCAGCUAAAUUUUAUUCAGAGUAGACCUAUUGAAAUCAGUGGCUCUAAAUCAUGUUCAUAAUUUCAAUGGGUCUGCUCUGAUUAAAACUAAGUUGAAUACCAGUGCCUCAGUUUCAUUUCAGCAUAAAAUGAGCUCUCAUAUUAAAGAGAGAUUUUUCCCUUCAAUUUGGGAAAAAUUCCACACCGUCAUUUCAUUCUGUUAAGUCAUAUGAGCACUUCAAGUAAAAUGGCUGUUCUGAUAGUGUAUCGGAAAAUUGUAUUAGUGAAGUCAUCAUAUAUUAUUUCUGCCAAUGAAAUAUAAAUAUAAGCACAAUGUCUCUAUAAAGUACAUAGCCCAUUAAAACACAGGUAACUGAGGCUUGUAGUUUGCAAGUGGCUAGAGUUCAACAAAGUAUUCAUUUUGAAUUGUUCCCUGGUAGAAAAUAUAAUUAUAAAAUUUGCAUUUGAAAUCUUAAAAGAGACUCUUUGAACAUGACUUUUGACUCUGUCAGAAGUAGAACUUUUCUUGACUUGAGAAAAUGAUGAGAAAAAUACCAUUUUGAAAUGAAAGCAAACAAUCCUAAUGUCAUGCUAAACAUGCAAGUUUAUAUUAUGGGUUCAAGCCAGUCCAUUGCAUGUGUGGUGCCCAGAGCGAUCACCAGAGGAAUAACAUGAACUCCAAGAUUGCAUCCUUUGAUCUAGUGGAAGGGUUGAGUGUGACUGUGAUGUGGCAGGUGUGCACAUGCCUUGUAUUCCAUGUAAUAGCCUGCUGAGCUGCCUGCAUAUGUCCGUACCUCAUUAGAGGAGGUAGGGUCUGUGUCAAAAAUAACAUUUUUUUGAAAUACAGACCUAUGAAUUGAUUCUUUAUCCUACUGUGAUAGUAAUGCUGACAGUUUCAACUUUUUUAAACAAAGAUGCUACUUUAUACAAGGUUUGUUGGAAGGUGAUGCUUGGUAUUUGAUAGAAGUAUUAAACCUACCAUAGGCACUAAAUUGCCUUUUGUGAGAAUUUAUUUUUUAAGAUUUGGUAGUUAUAUAUUUAUAUUUUGCAUAUUUAAGUGUUUCUGUUUUUAUAAAUAGGAAUAUGGUAAAUAAAACACAUUUUUUAAAAAUUAAAGGAAGGAACAGCAUAAUUGGGCCCUGUGUAAGAAUUCUGGACUUUAAAAUUUUGUUAAUAGUAAUCUUUGUUAACAGCUGAAUGAAAGCAACCUUAACUUGGCAUCCAACAUCUUCAUUAUAUAGGUUUCAUUAUACAUUGAAAGCAUACCUCUUUACCUUGGCCUUUGACAACUGAGGUGUUUUUAGGACCCACCCUGUUCUUUUGAUAGUAAUUUUUUAAAACUGAUUUUAAUAUUGUAUUUUUAUAUUGCUGUAACCCACCUUGGGACUUUAUAGUGAAUAAUGUUUAAGGAAUCUAAAUAAUAAUAACGCAUAAUAAUUAUUACUAAAAUAGUGAUAUUCUGCCUGACCCAUGUUCAUUAAUUUUCAUUUUGUAUGCGGAAUGCACUUUUGAGCUAAGAGUUCCACUACGUACCUGAUCAACUACAAUUGAAGCACACAAAAAUUGCUAUUUGCCUUGCUGGGCUUGGAUUCCAGUGCACUAGGUAAAGACAGGGACAAGGAACUUCUAGUGUUCAAAGGAUUAUCUACUGGGAAAGUUGGAAAAAGUACUAUACUGCUAAUACACCUCCACAGACAAGAAAAACAGUUGACUUGUUCCUCUUCAAACAUUCCUUUUUAUUUAUUGUUUCCAGGAGGUAGUCAUAUGCAAAAGCUGCAAGAGCUGUCUGUUUUGGAACAUUGUUUUAUAUAAACUUAACACACCUUCGUUACAUCCUGUAUAGUUUACUGUAACAUGCUCUAUGUGGGGUUGCCUUUCGAAAAGUGCUCAGAAACUGACUGGCCUAAAGAGCUGCACGCCAGGGAGCAUAAACCUUACUUGUUACAAUAGCUCCACUGGCUACACCAGUCUUUUUCCAGGCACAAUUCAAAGUCCUAUUUAUGACCUAUGCAUCUUAGCUCAGGCUAUCUGAAGGACUAUAUGGGAGAGGGCCUUCUUGGUAGCUGCUCCGAAACUUUGGAACUCCUUUCCUAGAGAAAGGAGUUGUUUUAAAGCCAGCAGGCAAAUACUGUUUUAUUCCAACAGGCUUUGGGGAACUGGUUGUUUUUAAAGGAAAUGGCUUUGAAUAGCCCUGUCCUGUUUUUACUAUCUCAAAAUGCUUUAACUUGUCUUUACAGGAAAAGUGCUUCAGUUAUGUAUCAUUUUGUUGCCCAAUUCUGCAUAUUUUCUAGUUCUAGUACCCUUUUUUAGAUGGGGUAACCAAAACUGUAGAGUUCUUCAAAUGUGUCUGCAGUGUAGAUUUAUGAAGGACCAUUCUGACCAUUUUAUAUGCAAUAUCUUUCCUAAUAAUCUCUAGCAUGGAAUUUUCCAUUUUUGUCUCUGCCACUUACUUCAUAGAUAUAUCAAUGAAAUAAUCAACUAUGACUUCAGUAUACUGGAGUAUUUCAACCAGUUUGGAUACUUGUAGUUCUGAAACAUGUGGAGUUCUGUCUUCCCAAGAAUGCAACCAUGUUGUGCUCAGAAAUUUAUAGGCAUAAUCAACUACUUAAAGGCAGUAGUUGUCUAAAUGCUACAAAGAGGACUUAGAAUAAAGUAUGCCUGGAUUUCCCCUUUUUCUUAACGUUAUUGUUUAGUGGGUUUGCUCUGCCCUAUACUCUGCUUUAGACAUUUAAGAGAAUUUCUAAUAUUAAUUUUGAAUUGAUAAGUGUUUAUGUGCAAAUUGAUAGACCUGCAAGUUGAUGUUGUUGUUUUUUAAAAAAAAUGAAAAUUCUACAAGCUGUACAUGUGCAGUGGUUUGAACAAAGUUCAGAAAUCAACAAAUGAAGAAUAGUGGGUUACUAAUUCAUUGCUUUCUCUCUGUAACCUUGUUUAAAUAUUUAGAAUCACUGAAUCUGGGGAGAAAUUAUAGUGGCGAGAAUUAUAUAAGUAUUCCUAACUUUAAUACAUUGGAUAUACCUGGAGUUAUGACUUCUCAAGUGUGCAGCUGUAGAGCUGUGAUGCUAUCUUCAGCAAAUGUAUCUAGAACUCAGUGAGUUAAAAAUAAAACUUUUUUCACAAAGACUUCUGCACUAUACUUUCAGCUUAGCAAAUCAUUAUACUUCCAUAUGUGCCUAUUAAAGGACACCGUACCACUUAUUUGCUAACUCUAAAAAUAAGACACACACACCCCAGGCUUCUGCAUUUGGUGAAAAUUUUUGAGAAUCUCAACUUCUAAUUAACAAUUAGAAAAUAACUCCUCUUGUCCAGUGGUAACCAAUGCAAUGCCCUCCAGAUGCUGUUGGUCUACAGCUAUGUUGGCUGGGCUUCAUUAAAGCGGUAGUCAAACAACUUCUGGUGCUCAGGCACCCAGUUGGCUACCCUUGCUUUAGUCCUUGAGUUCAUGAAGAUGGGUUUGAAAACAGGUUGAUAGUAUCUAUACAAGAUAUCAGAUAUUUAUGGACAUAGAGCUUCUGUGUUCCACUUGACUGCAUUCACCAACUUCAUGGCUUCUGGUCACUUUUCUUUGACCUAUACACUCUGUUGCCUACCGUUUACUACUCCCCCCUCCCCUUACUGCAAACCAUUUCUAGAAAAUGCAUGUUUUCCAAGCACUUGGAUUUGGAGUUUAAAUGUGUAAAUUGAAAAUAUUUAUUCAUUUGUAUAACUGAGCAAAAAUGUAUGUCAGUGUUGCAGAUUUUUUGUCCCUUUGGCUUUCUCUGCUUUGUUACAAGAGCAGUUAAGACGUAGAUGUAUGUAAAGAUUCAAGGACUCUCCUAUUCAAUUAAAUUUUUCACAUGACUCUUAAUACCAACAAAACAUUGCUUAAAAGUGAUAUUUGGCAAUUGUUAUUACAUUUGUGUUUUACUACUGUAACCCACCCUGGGACCUAAGGGUGAAGGGUGGGUACUAUAUAAACCAGCAAUAAUCAAAUGUAUUUAAAUUUUCCACACUACAUUUUUGCAAAGUAGAUACACUUUCUUUAGCAUUUAAGUAUGUAUCUUAAAUUAUAUAUUUGUUAUAUAAGUUUAACAUCCAAUGAUAGGUAGAUAUUCUCCUAAUUGAUAGUCAUUGUAAUAAUGGCACCUUCAAUUUAAGUCAGAUUGCUUAUAAAAUCUCUAGUAGUUUUGACAUCCAGCUCACUUCAGAAAAUUUACUUUGGUACCUGUUUGUAACAGUGAAUAGUGCAUUAAUUCCUCUAGAAAAUAUUGCCAUUUGAUGUGAAUAAGGUAUUCUAAAACUACUGCUGAAUAUCAUAGUCAUUCUCUCCAUAGAUGUUCUAACAGAGUUAAUAUAAAGGCUUUGAAAUUGAACUCACUUGCAAAAGUUUAAAGCCAUAGAUUAUAUCACUUAGAAUUUGUAAAAGAUAACAUGCUGCACUAGUCUGAAGAAACAGUGUUAGGUGCUGCUCAUUGCAGCUGUGCAGUUUGCCAUUUGCUUGGAGUGGACUUCCCCAAUGUUGUGCCCUCCAGAUGCUCUGGACCACCCCUCACAUCAGCCAUAGCAGUGCCAGCUAGGGCUGACAGAUGUAGGAGUCCAAAACAUCUGGAGAGCACCAGGUUGGGGAAGGCUGCUCUAGAGCAAGUAACAGUUGUUUCAAGGAAGCAACCAAAGGGGUACUGCCCACUGCCACCCCCCCAUCAUUUCUGAUGUCAAGCAGUUUUGCCAUGGUGCUCCCCGAGAACAGGUUCCUGUUCAAACUCUUCUUAAAGCUUGCAGGAAGUGUUGAGUGUGUGUACUCGCACCAAUAUAGCAGGUCUGUCGUUAGGCAGGCGGCAAAUGUUGAAAGCAUGGUGUAUAGUUAUGUGUGUGCCUUGCGACCUCUAAGCUACGCUGCUGCUCUCAGGUAACCCCCCCCCCAUUGCAGGUAUCCAACGGCAGUCUUGUUGACUUCUAUACUUGGAAUGUGUGGGAGUUUGUGUUUGUGUGUGUGUGUGUGUGAUCUUGUAAUUUGUCUUGCGCCUCAAAAUGAGUAUUUGCAAAAAUAGUGAAGGGUUAAGUGUAACCUAGCUACAAAGUGAAGAAAUAAGUGAAGGUAUGUUAAACCUGAAUAGGUUGAUACAUGUGCCUUUGGAUUUAAAACACAAAUGUGAUACAUUUGAAUAGUAUCAAUGAAAUAAAAAUGGUAUCCUUUGCACAUUUUAUUAUGUACUGAUUUUUUUCAUUGAAUAGACUAUUUAUAAUUUUCCCUAGAAGUUUAAAACUAUUCCCCAGAUAGCAUUACCAUGCAUGAAAUAUCCUAAUUCUUCACAACAAUCAUUUGUCCCCUUAAAUAGGAUCUUCCAUGUGUAGGAGAUAAAAUAGCUUUGGGCAAACGAGUAAUCUUAACAUAGGUAGCAAUCAGGUGUUUCUUAAACACUGACAUUGUGUAAGACAAAUGAAGAAACUUGUUCGAAAAGUUUGUUUAUAUGGUUAGAAACCAAUAAAAUUUAAAUUUGCUUUAUGACAUAACAUUUAAUUUCCAUUCAAAUGGAUAUUCUGUGGUGAGCAACCAGAAAACCUGUGUCUAAUCAAAAGAAUCACUCAAAUGAUUUUUAAAAUAAUUGAAUUUAAGUGGAAGUUUCUUUACACUGCUACACAAAUUGCUAGCAAAUUACUUACCAUCUAUCAGUCAUGCUUUAUAUAAGUUAAAGCAAUAACAUAUUUUUUCAAAACUUUAAAAUCGAAAGAUGAGAUAUUGCUGGAACCUGGAAUUGAAUUUAAAACUCUAGUCAUCUACAUUACUAUUAAAAACAACAUCUCCAGGAAUAAGUACACAAUCAGUCUUCAAUAUCUGACUGGUCACAGGAUGGUUACCUUUUUGAAGAAAUACUCUUUUAGAAUUGCACAGCUAAGAUCUGCUUCAUGCCUUUUAUUAAAAGCUAAAUAGCCAUGCAAGAUGCUAAAGUUACUUCCAGGGACCUCCUAUACAGAACUGUUCCUUAUGGAAAUUGGUUCUGGAAGUUGUCACUGGGCAAUAUUAGUUUGGAAAACAAUCUCCUUUGAAAAAGUCUUACAAUAUUUGAAGUUGAUAUUUCAAUUGAUAUUUUUUCAAAACAGGACUGUUUAAAUCCUCCAAAACUCCAUUUUUGUUUUUGAAAGUCUAAAACCACAAAGCAGGAAAUAUUAAUGUAAAAAAGUGAUGCUAUGUUAGCAUCAUGUACUUACCAGUGUAUUUGUAGUUUUUAUCUACCUGGCAGGGAAAGGGAGGAAGGCGGAUGUCCUGGAUAUUGAAAACAAACCAAACUAUCUUGUAUCUGUAUAUAGUGAUCCCAAGGAAGAAAAAAAUCUUUUGACAACUAGUUUGGAAGGAUGUUUGUUCAAAAUGGGCUUACGGGUCUCAUUCCACAGUUUAUAAUGUGGGGGGUUGGCUUUCAUAUGAAGCUGAUGUGAUUGGUCAUUCUGUCUGCAGGGGGGCCAAUUAGCUGUGGUCAUGUGGAAAAGAAUGCUGAUUUGUUCGAGCUUUCUUUCCCCAACACAUACCCUAGCAGCUGUGGAGAAAUCCACACGAACUUACUUGGAGAAAGGGGUGCAUUUUUUAUCUUAAUCAGGAUGGAGUUUUUAGGUUUGCAUAAUCUUACUUAAAGGUUUUACUUGGAGGUUCAAAGGAAUGAAAUUCCUCAGGACUGUUUUCCAUUCAAGUUUUCUUGUGGUAGCUAUUUAGAGUUCACAAUUUCUUUGAUAUUUUAUUUUAACCAAAACCAGGCAGUUUGAGGUGAAGGUGUGCUUUCUGUUUCACUUUUCUCUUUUUAGGUUUUUUGUACCAUGUGGUGCACAGGAUAUCGGUAUCAUAGAGAUCAAGGUUGCUAAUUAGUUUUACAUAGUUUACAUAGUUGCAACCAAAUUUUAGAUGCAAGACCUGUAACUUUACUGCGUCUCUUAUUUUGCCUCUACUGUUAAGUCAGCAUUGCUCAUAGGAUUGUAUUUAAAUUACGUCAAAUAAUAUUAUGUAGGAUAUUGCUGCAUGUAACAUGGUUAUGACCAAAAAAGAGAUGUUUACAUUAUGCUGUGUCAAAUUAGAUUUAAAUGUAACAUCUGACUAAUAAAAACGAGCCGAAAAGAGGCCCAUAAUGUCUACCUUUCAGAAUCACUUGCAUGAUCUGUGAGGGUAGCUUUGUAGUGCAGUUCAGCAUUUCACAUUUUUCCUUAGCUGCUGAUGUGAGGACUUUGAUCGAACGUCAGACCUAAGAGGAUCUGAGAAACAAAGGCUGUGAUUGUUUGCAGUAAAAGUACUGAAGACCUGCUGUGAAAAUUAUUAAUGUAGACCAAUAUAAUGCUACUUAGAAACUAAAAUCUCCCUCAUGUUUUUUCUUUAAAAAAACUCUCCACAAAAUACAAAACAUUAAUUCUUCAUUUCAUUAGCAGAGAACCUUGUAAUACAUGUUGAGACACAGCACCUUAAAAUUGAAACAUGCAUUUGUGACCUUCAUGAGUAUGGGGACAAGGGGAUACUUUUCACUCAGUAUAGCAUGGUGCCUUUUCUUUUUACUAUAAGAAACAUUAACAGAUAAUGAUAUACAAAUACUUUUAUACUUUUAAUGUCUUUUUAAUAUUUGUUGGAAGCCGCCCAGAGUGGCUUGGGAAACCCAGCCAGAUGGGCGGGGUACAAAUAAUAAAUUACUAUACUAACAUCUUAAAAUAAAAACUGGAUUCACCAUAUAUUAGAAGUAUGUGUGUUCCUGAUACACCCCUUUAAACUGCCUCAGAAAUGCAAUUUUCAGUGAAGAUUGGAGUGGCGAGUAGUAAUAUUACAAUGCAGGUAAGAAGCUGUUCUGCCAUAUCUGUAAAGGUUAGUGGCAUAUACAGAACUAUAGAGCAAACUUAAACGCAUGUGAGACAUACUGUCCAUGAAAUGUUGCACUUGUUUGUGUGAAAGGAUUUGGAUAGUUGGCAUGACUAUUGGAGUGCAAUAUUUUGGUAGGAAGACUGAUGUGUAUGGAUACAAUUGUGCAAAUUCAGCUUUCAGUAAGGAAAACAGCAUAAUUCUUGGAGGAAAAAGCAUUUGUGCAUGGGAAAAUUCUGGUAAGUUGUUUAGAGACAGAGAUGGUCAAAACUAAAAUGAAAUAUGAUUACGGUUUAGUCUGCCUGUACCCUAAAAAUGAUGACCAGUGAUUUCUUAAGUCACUUUGUGUGUGGUCAUGAUUCAAGGUUGUGCAGUGAUUUUCUUUCUCUUUUCACAGUAUUGUAAGCUGUCUUGUACUCGAGGGACUUUGGUUUAGAAACUAUGUAGCCAACAAUUAAAAGUUAUUUGAAGGAUCCUGAAAACGGACACUAAAUUAAACUUAUUUUUGUAAUAGAAAUGUGUGUGAGAGUGAGUGAGUGUGUCUUAGUGUCUUAUAGAAAGAUUGUUGACACUGUUAUUUGCUAUUCUAGUAAAAAAUUUCUCAAUAAACAAGUUCUCAGAAGAUUGUAUUCCAGAACACCACUUUAGUACUUUGAAGUCAGUCCCUUUUAAAACUUCAAAUUACAUAGCUGUAGACUCUGUUGGCUGGAUGUCUUUGUUGUAUCUGAACUUUUCCAUAAACACCAUUGCUGGCUUGGGGUCAGACAUGGAAUGCAGGUGCCCUUUCACUGCUCCUUCUCCUCAGGAAGUCCAGUCAAUUAGUUUGAGGCAAAGCCACAGAUCUUUUUCUUUUUCCUUUUCAUCCUGGGAAAUCAUGGCCAAACACCGACCUCCACACCAAGUAACUUAAACCAAGUGAAAUGAACAUGCUAGGGGUAUAAGCUACGUUCCUCGUUAGAAUACUUUAGACUUUGACGUAUGUGUGUACUAAUGUUGACUGAGCGACUAUUUACUUCUUCAUUUUUAAUAACUUCAGAACGUAAUAUACCUGGGUCUGUUCUUAGUUGGAUUUGAAACAUAAUUUCAUCCAGUUCUGUGUUUUCUCUUUUCAGUACCCUUAAGCUUUGAAAUGUGUUGUUACCUGUUGACAAACACACCCGUGUUGUUUCACAGUUAAUAGCCUUCAAUUCAGAAGUAAAUUCAGCAUGGCUUUCUCUCUAGUGAGCAUGCUAGAAUUGCAAACUUAAUUAUGGAUAUUCUGUCCCCUCCCUUCUUCUAUGAUUUCCUCCUGGCAUUGUGGGGUCAUUGGGUUGGGCUUAGGCUCCUCCACUGAUAAUGAAAACAGGAGGAAAAAACUCUUUGGGACAGUCACUUUCACUAGUGCCCCCAUUUUCUCUACUUCUACCAGGCUGUUAUUUUUCUUCUUUUACCUUUUGUCACCAUUUUCUUAGAGAACGUGCCCCCCCCUCCUUUAAUCGGCUGCCUCACACCCUUUCCUACUCUCCUUUUUGUGGCUUUCUGUACCUUUUCAGAAAUACAAAAACCUGAAAAUUUUAUCUCCACUUUACUAUCAUCCUUCCUUCUGACUGCUCUUUCUCAGACAGGGACAUUAAUAAAGCCAUUGAGCACCCGAUUACUUUUCAACUUCACGCCACGUGAUAUUCGUGGGCUGUGGCAUUCCAGCCCAGCGUUGCUGACUGGGCCAAUUUUAUGCUGUUUGGAGAGGAUGCCCUCAAGGAUAUCCUGAUCAAACUAAAGAUAAGUGGAAGGUGCUGGUGACGCAAAGAUACUGGUGACAACCAAUCUUCCAACCAGUCCUUUCAGAACUACCUUUCCCCGGGGCAAGGAAGAAACUACAGACAGAAGUCCUCCUGGAACAGCAGUGAUAGCCACCCAGGCAGCAGAACACAAGAUAUCUCCCUCCAACACCUACAGAAAUAAUCACCAGCAGAACCAAUGAUGCUACUCUGCCCCAAGUCAGGGAUCAUCUACAAGCCUUCUUCAACUCUUGGUGUCAGAUUACUACAGACCACUGGAUUCUCAAUACUAUAUCACAUGGAUACAUGAUAGAGCAUCUGGCACCCCUAAACUGGUUCCUCCCAUCCCUGAUCCUCCAACAGUCCAGUCAAAUAACAGGUGAUAUGUAAUUGUGUAUAGCAUUGUCUCAACAUGUCAGCUAUCGAACCAGUCCCCCUGAGAGGAAUUAUUCUAUGACAUAUACUUAAUAUUAUCUGUAGUGCCAUGGCCAGAUCAUUUCCUGAUGCAACUGGACUUCUCUGUGACCCUUCCCCUCUGCAGGGAUGUAGGACCAAUUUGAAUGAUUUGCCACCACCACUUAAUGGAUCCAAAUAGCUUCCAGAGAGUGGUAGAGACAUCUUAUCCCAUGUUGAUGGCUUCUCCACUGGAAUGCAGAGUUAAGCAGGGCUAUCGACCGUCUGGCUCCAAAGCACCCUCUCUAAUUGCAUGCAAGAAUUCUGCAGUGGUUUCUUGUACUCCACCAGUGGGCCAUCACACACAUUCUACAUCACCACAUCAAAAUGCCACCAAAAGUGUGGGUAGUGAUGAAGUGGGCAUCUAGCAGAAACUUGCAGAAGGGCACAUCUUUUCAUGACCCUUACCUCAUAGUGGUCACCACAGAUGUCAGCCUCUACAUUUGGGGUCUCACUGUGAGGGACAGAUAAUCCAUGCCCAAAAGUCUCCAGAGGAAGCUGAACACUCGGCUGGAGCAGCCCACCUGGCUCUGAUGCACUUUUCUCCACACACAUCAAACGUGCUCCUACGCAUGGGCAACUCCAACUUGAAAUCCUGCCUCAACAAGCAGGGGAUCACCAAAUCCUGGGAUCUCCCAGUUGAAAUGUUCCACCUCAUACAGUGACCGAAACAUCACCUCCUCAGCCUCACAUUGGAACACAUAUCCAGAUAGGCUGGAAUCUCUUGUUUUCCAGCACAGUAUUUUCCACCAUCUUAUGUUCUCGCUUAACCAUCCACUCUAAGAAUAUACAAAGCCACAUGGAAGAUCUUCCUGAAGCAAUGCAAAGCAAUGGUACUGGAUCUUUUUGCAUUCCUCCAAAAUGGCCUCAGCAAAAGUCUAAAACGCAACACUCUGAUGAAACAUCAGGCGGCAGCUGUUUCUUCCUCAAACACACCACCUCUUCCAGCUCUCACCCCCUAAUGAAAUGCUUCCCACAAGGAACAAUCCUACAGUGUUCCCCAGAUGCCCACCACUUCCCUUCCUGGGACCUUCACAAAGUGCUGUCCACCCUUCAGAAACUUCCAUUUGAGCCCCGGAAGGAAGUACUUCUCAAAGUCUUACAUUGAAAGGUCUUACAGUGGAACCUCGGGCUACAGACGCUUCAGGUUACAGACUCCGUUAACCCAGAAAUAGUACCUUGGGUUAAGAACUUUACUUCAGGAUGAGAACAGAAAUUGCGCGGCAGCGGCCUGGUGGCAGCGGGAGGGCCCAUUAGCUAAAGUGGUACCUCAGGUUAAGAACCGUUUCAGGUUAAGAACGGACCUCCGGAACGAAUUAAGUUCUUAACCUGAGGUAACACUGUAUUUCUAAUAGCAAUAUCUUCGGCUUGAUGGGUCUCUGAAUUGGUCACCCUGUCUAUAGCUAGACAUCUCUGUAUCUUCAACAAGCGCAAAGUGGUUCUUAGAAAGAACCCCUCCUUUCUCCCCAAGGUACUUUCCAGCUUCCCUAUUCAGCAGGAACUUGAUCCUUUCCACCUUCUGCCCCAACCCCUCUCACCUAUUAGAGAAGACAUGGCACUCAUUUGAUGUCCAGUGAGCUCUUAAAGCGUAUAUUACCAGGACUGAAGAGAUUGGACAGUCAGAAACCCUGUUCAUUUCCUUCCACCCUAACUCACUGGGCAAAAAGGUUAACCCUUCCACCUUAUCUAGGUAGGACCUCUAUAGCCUACAACUUGGUGAAUCGUAUCUCGCCCUACAAAUUUGACUGCCCACUCUACCAGGGUUGAGUCCCCCUAGUGAACAUUUGUAAGACAGCCACAUGGGUAUCUCCCAGUGCAUUCACGAUGCAUUACAAGAUGGGAAUUUGUGUCUCCAUUGAAGCUGCCUUUGGCUGCAGUACCCUACAACAGGCUUUCCACAUUCAUUUGUCCUUUCAGCUGGGAUGUGCCUGAUUGGGUACACUUUGGUAUGUUCCAACGCAGUGAUCGCACGAUGCUAGGAGGAAACAGUACAACUGGUACUCUCCCAAAGUAGAUUUCAACUGGCAUUGUGGGGUCACUGGGGCUUUCCAUAAUAUGGGACGCAAUAUCUUCUACCUGACGGCAUUUUAGCCACCUUGUUUACUUUGGGAACAUGGGCACCUUUGUGUUGCUUUCCUUACGCUGAUACAAGACUCUGAUGAUUGUUCAAGCUUGGUGAGUUCACAAACUGAUUGGGAGCCAUCCAUGUCCCAAAGGGUUUUUCCUUCUUCCUUUGUCAUCAGGAGAGGGGCCAAAGCCCAACCCUAUGACCCCCAUGCUGCUAGUCAAAAUCUACCCUUUGGGUGAAUAUUGCUUGUACUUUUUAGGAAGGACGUGAUUGAAUAGAAUGUAAAAUUAUCCUAGUUUGCUCAUAAAUGACAAUCAUUUCUUUAAGCAUCAUUAUGACAAUUGUUUUUUGGAUGAAGCAGUUAUUUUAAUUCUCUGUUAUUUGAAAUUAAUGACAAUGAAGGUUUUAAUGCUAGUCAUCUGGCACUGGUCAUUAUUAUUUUAUUGCUGUUGACCCAAAUGUAAAUUUUAGAGAUUCUGCUUGUAGGUUUUAACUAUUCUAGGGUAAAUAGAAGACCAUGUUGAGUUACAUUUUAAAGAUGAUAAAUAGAACAUUUUUACUGAGUUGGAUUAUGCAGUGCUUAAGAACACCUCCCAUACAAACAACAACAGAAUGCUUGUGCCAUUGUAAACUUUGAUGUGACCAGGAAUAGUGCCUUGAUACCUCUGAACUAUGGUAAAGCAAUCUCUCAUCGAACAUCAGGUGGCAUCUAACUGUUUAUGCAAACUUUGCAGAUGCUCUUCCAUCGCUUGUUGCAAAUUGAACUUUUGACUUUCUUAAAUGGUUACAGCUGUUUUGUAAAUCUCCUUUUUGAAGUCUGAAAUCCUUCAUUUGUUUUUUAGCCCACAAAAACUGUAAGAAGAGCUUAAAGAAAAGCAUUUAUCAUUAUAAGAAAAGUAAAGCAAUAUAUAUUUGUUCUUGUUUUCUUUCACCUGAGCAUCUUAUGACUUAAAUUGCAUAAGGUCUGAAUUCUAUUCCAGGUGCCCUUCACAAUGACUGUUACAUACUUGCAUAUUUAUUUGCUUGCAGUGAGACCAAACUUUGAGGAUGCUGGAACCGUAGCAGCAGGAAGGAAGCAUGAAUUUAUACGCUCUGAGAGCGAGAACUGGCGCAUCUUCAGGGAAGAGCAAAAUGGUGAAGAUGAUGAUGGAGGUUGGCGGCUGGCUGGUUCGCGAAGGGAUGGUGAGAGAUGGCGCCCUCAUAGUCCAGGUGAGAGGAAGUAUGGAAAAGUGCAGCACAGUCUGGUCAGAGGCAGCAAGCUAGCAAUGUCUGGAAGGAAAAGGUCCUAAAACAAUAUUUGAAAGGCUUGUUCUAUGAUGGCAAAAUCGUUUUUAGUUUUUUUAAUGGGUUGUUUUGUUUAACCCACUAUUUCCAGAACGUCUAGAAAAAAGCAGCUCUUCUUACCUGCUCUGAUUUCUUUUCCGCCAAAUGUAGCUUCCUUUACUGAUCACUCUGAAUCAUGAGGCUGAAGUUCUGUCAUAUGCUUCCAGCUACUUGUAUAGAAGUGGAAAAACUGUUUGUCAUGGAGAAUACAGCAUUGUGUGUCUUCCUGACGUCAGACAUAACUGAUAAAUGCACAAUAAAGCAGCAGUGUGUCUAACUUUGACAGUAUUGAAACAGCUGAACCAGCACCACAUGAUCAGAUGUGAAGAUUUUACUUAGGGACAAGUACUUGCAGUUCAUUUAGUAUUUUCUUGUUUAGCAUAUGAAGAACCACAAGCUAAUAAAAUUUUUGUUCUCAAUAAGUCCAUCUGUCUUUUGACAGAAGUCCCGAGGCUGAAAUAUCAUUGGAUAAUUUCUGCUACUUUAAAGGAAGUGUAGAGAAACGCCACAUUGUGUAGAAUACUGAGGGUUUUUCUGUAGUUGCUCUUUAAUUUAGAUAUAGCUGUUUUAGGAUAACACUUACUCAUUGUCAUUUGUGUAAUGGAAUAUUCUCGAUCAAAGAGGUGGGCGUUGCAGUAGUCUCAGGUGGAAUCCAUUAUUGCAUGAACAGACUUCCACAUACAACAGGACUUUAUAUUUCUCUCCUCCCCCCCCCCCCAAAAAAAAAUCUGCUUGAGAGGCCUCCCUAUCUCAAAAGACUUCCCAAACUCCUGAUUUUGGAGAGCAUAUGGAAGACUUUUGGGGUUAGUGAGGAGAGGAAAAUGAAGUCACACAAAACAGUAUUGGGCUACAACCCUCAGUUCCUUACUGGUUGGUCAAAGUAUUGUUCUUUCUCUGUGUGUACAGAGAGAGGGAGGCUUUGAUUAAUUAAUUAAUUAAUUAAUUAAACAGCUUUUAAUCUUCUGUGCAACCCAAAAGACUCCCAGAGUGGCUUACAAAGUAAGUAAAACAGUCCCUGCCCUCAGAUUUGCCAUCUGAAAGGCAUGGCACACAAGGAAAACGGAAUACAGAGAGGAAGAGAAGAAAGCAAUCUCAGGCACCAGUUCUUAAAGGUUACGGUUCCUUUAAUUAUUGCUGGGAUGGAAACAGUACAGUUAGCCUGAUAGAAUGGCUGCUGUUAGAUGACAGCGGAGGGAGAGUCAAAGGCAGCUGGCCUCUCAGCAGAGGUAAUAGAGCAACCCUACUCCUCUCCUAUCCUUUUGCUCUGCAGGCUUGAUGCUCUAUCAGCUACAUCCAAGACUUCUGAUUCCAAUAGCCAUUUCUAUCAGGAUGACAAAUAGUAUCCUGUAUCUAGUAUAACCAAGUUAGCCAAAAUAAGUGGCUUAUGCCAAGCCACAUUUGAAGAUUCAAGAUUCACACCACGUUUCAAGCCCCAGUAUCACUCACACCAACUUGCUUGGAAAUGCUUCACCUCUCCCAGGUUGUAGAAAGGUGCAUCAACACCUGCUGGUGCCUGCCUGCCUCAUUCUCAUGCAGGCUUGGGCACAGUUGCACAGCCCUUAGAAACAAGCUUGUUGGCUACAAAUCCUUUCCCAGAAUUAUAGUGCUAGCAGGCCACUUCACCAUAGUGACAUACAAAACAAGGGCAGAUUAAAUAAAUAGAAUUAAUUACCACAGAUUACAAACUACACUCCAAACUCCAGAAAGGAGGAUUGUCAGCUAGCAGACAGAGGGUGAAGGCAAGCAGUUUUGAAGAUGCUUUAGGACUGAGGGAGUUAGUAGAAUAGAUGCUGCCAGUGACCUCAAAGAGAAGCAUAAAAAUAUGGUAAUCCCCAUAAAGUGGUACUUGUCUGGAUUCAUAGAACCGCAUAGAAUGGUCUUACUAGCAAAGGCUGCCCCCCUGUGGCUGAACAGAUUGUGAGGCUGCUAUUCAGAAAGAUUGUGAGGCUGCCCUGGGAUUAACUCAUAGUUAAAUUGUUUUUGUUCUUUUAAGCCCACUUGCAUGGAGUUGGGUUGUACAGUCCUUUAAAUUAAUAAUAUAGCUCAAAGUGACAGUGGUUUAAAGGGGAAAUAGUGAUAAUAUAUUUAUAAAAUGCGUGUUUCAAGGUGGACCAUAAGCUGUAGUGGCGUUCUGAAGUGCUGUCACUUUGUCCUCUCUUUUCCCUAUCCUCUUUUCCUCUAUCCCUUUCUCCUUCCAAACAAGUUCUUGCCCUAUGGGACUCUUUUGUAAAGUUACUUUCCCGCCCCCUUAGACGGCCCUCGUUCUGCAGGCUGGAGAGAACAGAUGGAGCGACGGCGAAGGUUUGAAUUUGACUUCCGAGACCGGGAUGAUGAGCGGGGUUAUCGAAGAGUGCGAUGUGGCAGUGGCAGUAUGGAUGAUGAUAGGGAUAGCCUUCCUGAAUGGUGCUUAGAAGAUGCAGAAGAAGAAAUGGGGACUUUUGACUCAUCUGGGGCAUUCCUCUCCUUAAAAGUGAGAAACUUUCUGUGAACUUGUCAUAAUCUUAACGGUAUUAUUUAUAACCAGUAGUAUAAAGUUUGUUGUUUGCAUGUGUGUUUUCCUUAGAAGGUUCAAAAGGAACCAAUUCCUGAGGAACAGGAAAUGGAUUUCCGUCCUGUAGAGGAAGGGGAAGACAGGUCUGAUUCAGAAGGAAGUCACAAUGAAGAAGCCAAAGAAGUAGAUAAGACACAUGGAAGGGAAAGUGUUAAGUCGGAGCAUACAGCAGCAGCAGGUAAGAAGGAUUUCUCAAGUCUAUCCUUUAAAUUUUGCUUCCACCUUCCAGCUCAGUUAAAUAAAGUUACCAAUCAUUUCAGAAGUAACAGAAGAAACAGUCAAAGAAUCUUCACCAUCCACCAGGUCAGGUACUCCACCAAAAUCCCAGUCACAGGAGCCAUUACCUACAAGCCUGCUUGAAAGAAGGGAAGACUGUGUUCCAGAAGUAAUAGAAAAAAGAGAAGAUAAAGAAAACCAAAUGGAGGAUAUCCCAUCAGCCAAAGUGCCCAACAGAGAAGGUAAUCAUAUUUCAGGUUUGGCAUAAUGUAUAUGCAAAGUAUGCAAAUAAAUAAAUAAAUAAAUAAAUAAAAGACUGUCGUGACAAAGCAAGGUGGAAAGGAUGAACUGAGCAUUCAGCAUUGUUGAAAGCAUGCCAUCUUGCUUAUUGUCUGAUUAUACAUUUUAUCACAUAAUAACAGUUCUGGUAGAAAGAAGGGCCUUUAAAGGAAUUUAAUGUCCAUUCUUCCCCACCCCCAGAUCCAAUUUCUGCUGUCCAGCCUUUACCACAGAUUUCUCCAGAUGCAGCUUCCCUUGUUCAUCUUCCUCCUCCAGAGUCAAAUCCAAUUCCUGCCUUAAGGCCUGUUCAGACAUCAGUCACAGCUGCUCCAGGGAUGGGUAAUAUUCCUGCUGACCCUGAUGACGAAGAGGGCCUCAAACAUUUAGAACAGGUAGAGCAUCUUCGUGAAUUCUGGUUUGUUUGUUUUUUGUUGCUGUGCUUCAAAGGCUGAAAGAAAACAUUAUUUUGUAUACUUACCUUGUAAAUGCAGCUACCUGAUUCAGGUGAUUGUGGGUGAAAGCUUUGGGAUUUAGACCGGUUGCUGAGAAUAUCAUAGCAAUAGCCUUUACAAGUCAGCAGUGCUUAUGCACCCAAGGUGGAGCCAGGAGUUCAAGAUGCAACCUAGAGCUAAUGUACCUAGUCAACUGUAGACUAGCACACCCCUCACAUAGACCAACAGUUGGCAACUGCAGAGGAAAACUAGUUUUGGGCAGGACUGGCAACUAAUUGCUUUUACAAUGUUUUCCUGCAACUGAUCAUGAAAAUGGGCAAAACUAUAUUGAUGUAUUAAUGGGCAAAAAUGAAACAUAUUUUGUAGUUUGACAAUACUUCAGAUAAUCAACUUAAUUUUCAUUAAAACAGUUUCAACCUGUAUGUUCCUGCCAUCUCCUCCUCAAAAAAAAUUGGAAAAUUAAUAUUUUUGUUAAUUAAAGAAGGGGAAUUCCUAUUUUCUAAAAUAAAGUUUAAUCUAUCUUGUAUAUUUGUCUGGUAUGCAACUCCAGUAGGUUAACUUUCUGAGUACUAAGUGAAUCAAGUUGAAAAAUGGACACACACACCCCGACAUUAAUAUAAAUAGAUAAUCACCUGACUUCAUUCAUGAGCAUUGUGACAGAAUGCGUGUACGCAGUAGAGAAUAUGAGAGUCGCCUCAUGCUGCUGAUACUCAAGUACAAAAUAUACACACACUGUAUUCCCCCCUUCAAAAUACACAUGAACAGAGGGCCAAUCCUUUUGCAUGUCAGUCACAUAUGUUUUAAGGGUAUAGCAUUGAUAUGUACACAUGAUCAUCUUCAGAGCCCUUCCCUGUCUGCUGAUUUUAUAUAGGAGCCCCUCAGUGUAAAAAUGGCAGAUAAAAAAUGAGUGAAAAUGCAGACUGAAAAAGACUCUGAACAUAGAUUCUGAAGAUGACUCCAGAAACAAUUCUUCGUUUUCCAGUAGUUUGAAUGUUGCUUAAACAUGUUGCAAGAAACUUGAAUUUCUAAAGACCAAUAAUUUCUUGUAAAAUUCCAACCACGAUGUAUACAGACAUCAUCGUUACAAUUAUUACAAUUAACCUGUUAACCACCUUCUCAAGGUGAUUUACACUUAAAUAAUGAAAAGCAGUUAAACACAAAAGCAACAGAGACAUUUCAAACAAGACUAAAACCCCAACAAGCAGACACUUGUGAUAAAGACUCAUUUAUCAAUCUGGGAAAGCCUGUUGGAACGAAAAUAUCCUCAGCUGUUUCCGGAAGCUGACCAUCCUUGCUGCUUACCAGAUAAUAAGACUUGCUUCCCGGCAAGCAGUUCCACCAAGCUUUAUUAUCUUUUUGCAUAAUUAUUUAAACUUACUUUUUCAUUCCUUUGUAUCUGAGUCCACCAACCAUGAUGGUAUUAUUCAUAAGGCUUUCUGCUGAAUUUCACCUUAUUCCACUGACGGUGUGUAACCUGGCAGUAGUAACCUCAGUCGUUCUUAAUGUCUCCCCCCCGCCCUUGCUGCAGCAAGCAGAAAAAAUGGUGGCAUAUUUGCAAGACAGUGCCCUGGAUGAUGAAAGGCUAGCAGCCAAACUUCAGGAGCAGAGAGUAAAGGGUACUUCAGUACCAUUACUCCAUGAGGCCAUGCAAAAGUGGUUCUACAAAGAUCCACAGGGAGAAAUUCAGGGUAAGCUUUCAUCCUUACCGCUUUUUAUUUCUAUUUCACUGGAAUGUUGUUGUUUUUUAGUUAUAUGUGCACUAAAAAAGGGUGAGACAUAAAUAAAAGAAAAAGAAACACCACCCAUGUAGAAGGCAAAGUAAAGGGGGGGAGGGAGAGAAAUCCCUGUAUACUGUAUACUUUACAAAGUUGUUAUUGCACUCCAUCAGAUAUUAACCUACUGUAUUACAGUAUUUGUAAGAAUGGAUUCCAAAUAUCAUUGAAUCUGUCCAUGGCAAGUCAGCGUUUAUAUGCAAGUUGUUCAUAUGUUGUGAGUUUGUAUAAGUCUUCCAUCCAAUCGUAGAAGGGAGCCGCAUUUUUAUUUUUCUAAUUCAUCAGUCUUAGUCUUUUUGCUGUGGUAAGGGCAUGGAGAAUCCACUCAUAUUGUCCCUUUGUAAGGUUCUGUGUGCUGGGUAUAUAAUUCAAAGGGAUAUUUUGCUCUGUAAAUGUAAGAUUGUUCCAUAUAGUUCUGUUGAUAGUUUCAGUUACCUUCUGUCAAAAAUCUUUCAGAAUAGGACAAUGAAAAAACAUGUUUUAGAGAAGCAUUAUCCCUGUUGCAUCUCCAACAGUUAGAUACCUUAGAUAGCCCUUUUUUAAACAAACGUAAUGGGGUCCAGUAUAUUCUAAAUAUUAUUUUUUGUUUUUUGAGCCUCAGUUUAAGGUCCAGAGACACCCUUGUUAUAGCACUUAACACAGAUUCCCACUCUGGGGUCGAAGUUGAGAUCUCUAAUUCUUUUUUCCAUUUCUCCCUCAGUACCUGUAUAUCAAAUUGGUUUGCUAGUGACAUAUAUUUAUAUAUGUUGAUGGCCGGGUUUUUUGUUGUGUAAGAAUUAAUCACUUGCUUCAAUAUCUCUGGGGUCUCUCUGGCUGUAAAAGCUGCUGGUCCGUAGAUGGUGGUUAGCAAGUUUUUUAUCUGGAGAUAUUGCCAUUGAGCAUUUGUAGGUACCGUAUUUUUUGCUCUAUAACACGCUCCCAACCAUAACACGCACAUAGUUUUGAGGUGAGGAAAACAAGAAAAAAAAAAUUCUAAACGAACAGUGGAUGUAUGAUUUUUGUGGUUCAUGCUAUGGCCACAGACAUGUGAUCUGACGGUGAGUUUGGGGUAGCCCAAUGCAAAAAUCCUGAGGAUCCAUGUGGAUCCGUGCUUUGUAACCACGUUUUUGCACCACUGCUGCCCCAGGCAACAGUGGGUGCAUGAUUUUUUGGGUGCAAGCUGUAGCCAUGGACAUGCUAUGUGAUCUGAUGGUGAAUUUGGGGUGACCCAGUGCAAAAAUCCUGAGGAUCCAUGUGGAUCCAUGCUUUGUAACCACGUGAAUGAAGGAACUGUCAGUAAUGUAUGGUAUCUCCAAUACAGUGAUGAAGGAAGGGGGGGGGCUCACACUUGUCCUAGGCAAAGCAGCCAACUCCUAUAGGCCUAGGUGCCUUCACCCCCCCAUUAAAUAUUUGAGGGAGUCAUCUUCCCCCCAUGCUGAUGGGCAUUGCCAUUCAUAUAAGGUACCAGUGUGCAUGCACUUUGUCUUGAGAUCAUUGCAGUCUGUGAGAUGGGGCUUACCUGUACCUGCCCCCCCUCCCAAUAUUUUAUUGAAGUUGGAAGAGGGAGGGAGGGAGGGAGGGAGGGAGGGAAGAGAGAUGGAGAGCUCACAUUUGUCCUAGGCAAAGCAGCCAACUCCUAUGGGCCUAGGUGCCUUCACCCCCCCAUUAAAUAUUUGAGGGAGUCAUCCCCCACCCCCCAUUGUGGUAUGUGAGUGGGGCUUACCUGGCUGUCCCCUCAAUACUUUUUGAAGUUGGAAGAGGGAGGGAGGGAGGGAAGGAAGAGAGAGGGGGAACUCACAUUUGUGCAGCUGCCUUGCCUCGAACCGGAGCAAAAAGAGGAGGAGGAGACUCAGGGACACGAGCCUUGUAAGCCGCUUUGUUUGAAUUUACUGGUGAGGUGCUGGGGGAGGGAUGGAAGGGGAUGCCCUCUUUGUCCCUCCUUCCGGCUCAUUGUAAAGAAAGCAGAGUAAGAGCCGCUUACAUUUGUGUAAGGGAGAGCCAUAGAGCAGGCAGACACUGAGAAAGAGAGGCUGUCUCCCUUUCCCCACCUUGGCUUUUACACGCUGCGCGCAGCUCUUGCCGGCUUCCGAGCGCCCACCUCGCCAAAAAGCCAUAGAGCAGGCAGACAGGAGGAAGAGAGGCUGUCUCCCUUUCCCCACCUUGGCUUUUACACGCUGCGUGCAGCUCUUGCCGGCUUCCGAGCUGCCUCCCUUCUCCCACCUCGCCAAAAAGCCAUAGAGCAGGCAGACAGGAGGAAGAGAGGCUGUCUCCCGACACUCAGCUGUUGCCGGCUUCUCAGCGAGCCAAGCGGAGGAAGAGAGGCUGCCGAACAGCCAGCAAGAGCGGCUCCUCCUGCCUGCAUUCGCUCCAUAACGCGCACACACAUUUCCCUUUACCUUUUAGGGGGAAAAAACUGAGUGUUAUGGUGCGAAAAGUACGGUAAUCUGUAUUUGUCUCUUAAGACAGAAUAUGUAUAAAAUUCAUCCUCUUCGUUUAUCAGCUGUUCGAACGUUAAUAUACCCAAAUUCAUCCACCUCUUCCAUACAACUAUUUCUUUCCCAAUUUUUAAAGAGAGGUUUCCCCACAAAGUCAUUUGUUGUGGAAGAAAAGGUCAAAUUUAUAUUUUCUGGACAUGUGAUGCCAUAUCAUUCGAACUAAUCUUAUUGUUUCAAUAGCAUCUUGAGUAUUAAUGUAUUUAGACCCAAGUGCUACCCAUCUUUCUAAAGGUGCUACAUAGGAAUAUUCCAAAGAAGCCCAAUUUGGACAGUUGUUUUUAGUUAUGGGUCUCCAGAAUUGUAUACCUGACAGUAAAUAUGCUUGGUGAUACAAUUCUAAGUCAGGGCUCCCAAAUCCUCCUCCUUUUAUUGGUAUUUCCAUUUUUUGCAUAGAUAUUCUUGUAACUGAAGAGCCCCAAAGGCAUUUUCUAAACAAAGAUUUAAUUUUAUGAAAGUAUUUGCUUGGUAUGUAAAUUGGAAUUCCUCUUAAGAUAUAAACUAGUCAGGUAUUAUGUUUAUUUUAUUUCACUGGAAUAUUAAGGGAAAUUACAAUACACUGCCUAUGUACUUAGGGUGGCAUCAGAAAAUGUCUAGCUCUGCAAGUAAGAUGAAGACACAUACAUAGAGCAGUCCCCCAGAUACCAGGCUCUAUAUGGGCUGUGACUGUUGGGUGCAACACUCAGUAGAGGUUUCACUCUUGUCUUCAUGGAUUUCAUCCCUUGAUGAUUUUGCAGGUCCAUUCAGUAACCAAGAGAUGACAGAGUGGUUCCAGGCCGGGUAUUUCACAAUGUCACUGUUGGUGAAAAGAGCAUGUGAUGAGAGCUUCCAGCCACUUGGAGACAUCAUGAAAAUGUGGGGCAGGGUUCCUUUCACUCCCGGUCCAGCACCACCUCUGCAUUUGGUAAAUAUGACAAUGUGUAAAACAGUUAACAUUAAAUUAGAAAGUUAAGCGAUGCCAGUUUUAGGGUUUUGUGUGCUUUUGUGCUACCAGGCACAGAGCAGCAAUGACCUUUAGAGAGACUGUCUGUAUGUUGAACAUAUACUCUGAGCCGCAAUACAAUGGGCUUUCCAUACAGGAAGGCAAAAGUGCUUACUGUACCUAGCAGUGAAAUAGCAAAAGCCCUCAUUGCUACUCGUUCACUUACCUAAAAGCCUUUGAAUGCUGCUUCAGUUGGAUCUGGCUGAACUGCUUUCUAUGCAUAGCAAAUUGCAGAAGGAAAUUAAGCCACAAUCAGUAAAAGGUAGCUCCUACUGAGGCCCCUGACCCUUACUCCUUUUUCCAAGCAUGUUACUAGUUGUGGCCCUCCUGACUUGUUGGUGUAGUCCAAAGGUAAACCUGAAACGAUCUUUGAAUCAGAUUUGUCCUUGAACCAAUUCUGCUUAGCAGCGAGAAUUCUCCCCAGCAACAGGUGUCUUUAUCUAGGCAUGUCUGGGGGAAGAGAGAUUCAGUGUCUGCCUUUGUCUAUAAGAGUCUCUGAACCUGUCUCUCUAGCUGAAUUGCUGCAGGGAGCAGAGAGAAUUGAAAUCUCUGUAUAUUGUUCUGUUUUAUUUAUGUAGACCAGUAGUGAUAUAAAGUUAUGCAACUUGUAAUAUAAAUAAAUAUUUGAAGAAGAACUGAAUGGGUGAGGUGUUUAUUCCUUCACGGGCAUUCACCGAUAGAGAGCUGGACUGCUGCCGCUGUGAAGACACAGGAAGACUUUCUGGGUAACUCUGCUGUGAGACAGUAAAAGGAACCCCAAAGGAUUGGAGCACACACACUAACAAGCCUGCCUUGCUUCUGCCGCUGUGGCUUGAUUUAGCAUGUGGCACACAGCUUCUCCCUCUUUCUUCAUAACUGGGAGAGGUGAAGUAGGAAAGCAUAGGGCCUUCCUCGAGGUAGAGGAGCAUGUAUCUUAUGCACUGGGGAUAUUUGCUCCAGUUUCCUUUGCCAAGGAAUGGUCCCUAGACACAGUUUAACUAUAUACACCCCUUUAUUUUCCACUUCACACAAUCCUUUAUACCUUUUUACUAAACACAGCAAUCUGUAAAAAUGUUGUUCCAUUUAAUAACUUUUAAUAUAAACGGUAUUUCAUAAUCAUAAUGUUGUAGGUCACUGUAAUCAGAGUUGUGCAUAUGCUCGUGAAUCCUAACAUUUGAUGCAAGUUCAGCUAUCGAUUUGUUUACAACCACAGGGUGAGUUGGACCAGGAACGACUGACUAGACAACAGGAACUCACAGCCAUGUACCAAAUGCAGCACCUCCAGUACCAGCAAUUUUUGUUACAGUAAGUUUAUAUCAGGGGUGGCUAACCUUUGGCCCUCCAGAUGUUGGACUAUAAUUCCCUUCAUCCCUGAUCAUUGCACAUGCUGACUGGGGUUGAUGGAACAGCACCUGGAGCACCACAGGUUAGCAUCCCCUGGUCUAUAGAAAUAUUUGUCAAUGGCCAUUUUGCUUUGUUUAAAUGAUCUAGAGCAGGGUAGUCCAAUUUUUCAUACUAAGUGGGCUGUACAUGGCAGCUCUUCCUUCUCCUCACUGCCCAGCCACAUACCUCCCCCUGGGUGGUGAGAGGAGGAGGAGGAACAACACCCACUGCUGCUGCCACCCACUCCAUCCAAAGUCCUCUGUCCCUGCUGAUGGCAUAUACCCCUGUCACCUAGCAGAAGGAGGAACCAUUAUGAGACAACUGAAACUAUCCAGCAGCAAUUCCGCCAGCUCACUUAUUGUUGCUGCUCCUUAUCUACAGCAUCAGUCUGCUUACCUAGAGUCUCCCUCAGGGUAACAAGGAAGAGGAGUAAGUAGGCUCACAAAAUUUAUCCUAGAUAGUUUGGUUUGUCUUGCGUCAUCCUGCUAGUAUAGGGCACAUGCUGCCCGUGAUGGUCAGGACAGGGAGUGAGCAAGAAAGUGUGAGGAACAGUGGGAAAGUGGUGGCUAUGACAAAGAUGAGCUUUGGCAGAUGGUGGCAGCUCUUGAUUCAAGUUGCUCUUUGUCACAGUUACCCAACAUCAGUCAUUACUUUCUGGUUCUGUGGACAGCAGUAUGUCUACUGCAAGUAGGUGGGCUAGGAGUUGAGAAUAUAGGGUCUUGUUUUUUUGUAGGUCAGGGCUAGCCAACCUGGUGCUGGAUUACCACUCUCAUCAUCCCUGGCCAUUGGCCAUGCUGGCUGAACUGGUGGGAGUUGUGGUCCACAGUAUCCAGGGUAGAGGGCUUCCAUUUUGGUGUUCCUCUGUUAAUAGCCUAUUUGGUUUCUAUUCUGGGCACAGCCUGCCUGUAACUCCUGGUUGCUUAAGUCUGCCAGCCUAGUUCUUAAAUAAAAGGCUUGGAACCUGAGUUCUCUUCUGCUGGCAGGAGUUUUUCAUGAGCAGACUUGCUCAUGGGAUGCUCCUGCCAGUGGAAGGGAGAAAGUGACAUUCACUUAUUUCCCCUUCCCCCUCCUUUCCCAUGUGUCCCCUGGAGGGCUUGUGGGGUAGAGAGAGUUGGCUCCAGUAAACUCCUUUUCCACCAUCAUGAUCCUCCAUUCAGUGAAAACUUUCCAUGGAAAGGGGGAAUCCUAUACGACAAAGGGAUAGUUAGAAUCCAAUCUAUAAUUUAGGUAAAUGUUGUGUGUCGCUGUUUUGAAUAGCCACUUCAAAUGACAGUUUUAAAAUUUCUUAUUCUUGGUGGGUGGGUGCUGGUUUGACCUGAUGUGUUUGAAUGUCAGUUGUGGUAUGAACUAGCAGCUCUUUUCUCUUCUGGGUUUUAUAGUCAUUCUGUAACUAAGUAGAGUAAACUUUUCCCCAUUCUCUUUUCCAGACAACAGUAUGCCCAGGUAAUGGCACAGCAGCAAAAAGCAGCUCUCUCAUCACAGCAGCAGCAGCAGCUGGCUCUCCUUUUGCAACAGUUCCAGGCACUUAAAAUGAGGUAAGAAUGCAAGUUUCAGGGCCAUUUCACACAUUAUGCAGUAGUAAAUCCAGUACUUUGAAAGUAAACUUCAGGCCACCAUGAAUGGUUUCCUGAGAACAUGUCUUUGGAAAUGUUGGCAUGCACAUAACUGUCAUGUUCAUACUUCACAUUAUCAAAAGGUUAUGUAAUAUAACACUGAAUAUAAUGUAUAAAGUGGCACUAUAGAGUCUACUCAUGAUAGUGGUUGUUGAAUAUAUAGCACUCUGUUCAUGCCUGUUCAAAAUUGCUUCAAGUCAGUGUUACUAAGACUGUGAAAUAGAUCUGUUGUCACUUUGUCUGUUUAUGUUGGUUGUAUUUGUCAUCAUCUCAUAUUUGUUUUCAUUGAAGCCUAUUCUGUUAAUUGACCAGAGAAAAAAAUUUCAUUCAAAUUCUGGUCAGCAUUAAAGAACAGUUUUGUGCAUCUCAAGAGUUCUGGAUUUUGCUCAGCAGUGUUGGAAUUGUCAGGAAGUUAUGCCCUAAUAUCACUUUAAUACUGGUUCUGAAGAAGACGGAGAAAAAAGAGAAGCAUUGUAUUUUAAAAUAAAAAGAAAACACCCCUGUGACCUCUAAGUAGAACUAGCUUUUUGAUGUAGCAUGUUGAAUCUUCCUCUUUAUAUUCCAGGAAAGCUGAGCAGAACAUGGUGACACCUGUAACAAGGUCUGUGUCAGUGCCAGACACUGGCUCAAUUUGGGAGCUUCAGUCAGCAGCCCCACAAGCUACAGGUAUGAAACAGUGUUUUGAUAUUGACUACAUUCAGACACAAAACAAACUGCCCUGAAAUGACAUCCAAAUGAAUGUCGCUUACAAACCACGGUUUGUGAAUAAUUGCCAAAACAGGAUCUGAAACUACAUCUUGAGAAAACUAUGGUUGGCUCCUGGAUCAAAGCCCACAAACCAUGAUUUGGGAUGCUGCCAUUUUGAGAGGUACAGAUAAAAGUAUAAAGCAGAUAAAAGACGAAAGCUGUAUCUUAGAGGCCCUCAUUGGUGGUCUCUUCAUUCUCAUUCUUUCUGUCAGCAGCCUCGUUUCUACCUCCUUAAUUUAUGCCUAGCUACACAUCCUUAGCAGGCUUCCUCCCCCUCUACUUCCUAAAAAAGGAAAAACCAAAGGUACACAAAAGAGGUCUUUAACCGUCUUAACGAUCAAAACAUAUAGUGCAUGUGAUAUUUUUUAAUUACCAGUGAAUUUGCCUGGGUGCACAGAAUUGCUAGCUUCUUGGCUCUGUGGUCUCCUAAUUUAAAUAUUAAUUAAUAGCCUACAUUUCCCCCCUUUUUGCAGUCUGGGAAGGAAGCAGUGUCUGGGAUCUCCCAAUCGACACUACAGCUCAGGGACCAGCUCUAGAACAGUUACAGCAGCUUGAAAAAGCCAAAACUGCUAAGGUAAGAAACAGUAGAAACCAUUCCAGUUGCAGCUUUUCAUUUCAUUUCAUUUGUUUUCUGAGUAACUGUGACAUUCCUUAUACUGAUUUAGUGUAAUUGCCUUAUACUGUACUGAUUUAGUGUAAUUGGGACACAACUUACUAAUUCUUAAUUGGGCUUUUUAAAAAAAAAAAACAAGGACACAGUUUAGGGAAGACCAAUCAAACUGGUAGUUGUAGAAGAGGACGCUGAUGGGAGUGAUUGUAACUAGCAGGAAUAAUGUGCUAGUUGAAGAGGUCUUUACUUCUAAUGUUACUUCUUUAAUUCAGCUAGAGCAGGAGAGGAGAGAAGCAGAACUGAGGGCCAAAAGAGAAGAAGAAGAGCGGAAAAGACAGGAGGAGCUACGGAGGCAGCAGGAAGAGCUAAUCAGGAGACAAGAAGAAGAAAGAAAAAGAAGAGAAGAGGAGGAGCUGGCACGCAGAAAGCAGGUGACAUCUCAAAUACAUAAAUUACUUUUUCAGUAUCUUUAAGAGAACACAUUUUCUCAUUUCCUGUGAAGGAAGUUGGAUAAGUUUUUUUCCUGUUCCUUCCACCUUUUAAGUCCAAAGUGUGUUCAGUUUUCAGCUCAAUCAUACAUGUUUAUUUUUUGGAAGCCACCCUGGGGAUUUAUUUGAAGGAUGUGCAGAAAUUGCCCAUAAUAAAGAAAAUACAUAAAUAAAUAAGAAUUUUAUUUAGGACAGGUGGGGGAAGUAUGGUCUAUGUUAUGUUCCAGGAGCUCUUCCUCAUAGAAGCGUAGAGUUGGAAGGGACCCAAGGGUCAUCUAGUCUAACCCCUGCAAUGCAGGACAUGACACCCCCCCAAGCCUUACAUCCCAGGAAGAGAGCCGGUAAAGGGGCCUCUUGCCAUUGAAACAACUCCAUGGGGCUGCAUUCUUCAGCACCAUCCCCUGGCUACUGCCAAGGGCAAGGCUUAUCAAAAGCCUGUUUUUCCCUUGAAGGGACCCUAUUACUUCUAAGUUGCCUACAUCAACAGGAGGCAGAUUGCCACUUUUUGUGUUAGAACACUUUUGUGACUCGGGGGAGACACCUGGGAAAAGACUGUUUAAGGACUCUCUCUGUUUAUCUUUAGCAACCAAGCACAUGUCUACUCUAGGCUUAUGGCCUGAUGAACAGCCUCCAGAGCAAGAACACACAUCACCAGCAGCCCCAGUCUUGCCUUCCAGGAAGGCAGAAGUAUUCUUGGGGUGGGAUGUUAAUUUGGGGGAGCACUAAAUUGAAUUUGGAGCACCUGGGUGAUAAUUUCAGGAAAAGGGAAAUUUGAUGUUGGGUAAUCUCUGGGUAGGGUAUUAAUUUGGAGAGCAGAAAGAAAGAGUAAGAAAAGAGGAUGGCCCUGCCCACUGCUGACUUGCACCUCCAAAGUGAAGUCAGCCCCUGUCCCUACGCAUUCCCAACUGCUGUCAUUUAAAAGACCUCUGGCUUCAGGUCAGAAUCAGAGCAGCCAGGUCAGGGGACCCUUACUAUCCAGCAUACCAUAAAUAGGAAUUUAAAUGCAGAUCCACACUUUUAGCUAAUUUCAUUCUUUUUAUUUCUGUGUGCAGGAAGAAGCCCUAAGGCGGCAGAGGGAACAAGAAAUUGCACUAAGGCGGCAGCGGGAAGAGGAAGAACGGCAACAACAAGAGGAAGCACGUAGAAGACUGGAAGAGAGGAGAAGAGAAGAGGAAGAAAGACUACAGCGAGAAGAGUUGCUUCGUAAACAGGUGAAAAGAAGGGAAAUCUUUUGCAGUUAAGACCUGCAAGAAUCAGAGGCUGGUUUGCACAUGUAUGCUCACUUGUUGACUACAUCAAGUGAUAUUGCAUAAGUGGAUGAGCCAUUAUUAGCUCAAACAGUGCAGAGGGACCUUUCAUUUUGUUUAAGAUUCUACCAAUUCAAAACUGAUAAAUGGUCUUAAAGUUUUGGAUUUCUGAAACAAAGUCACACAAGGAGUGUAAUAAGAGCUUUCAUGGCUACUCUGGGGCAUUUUCUAAAGCUAUAUUUCAGCAAAUUGUUGUAUUCUAGCACAGGUUGCAUUCUUAGAAGCAAAGGAUUCUUUGCAAUCCUAUGUAUCUUGAAACAAACAAAAAGGAAGCAUUUUAAUCUAGGUUAGUCCACUUUAGAGACUCUGCAUAUUUUUUCUGUUCUGGGAAGGAAGAGGAGGCUGCCAAAUGGGCACGUGAAGAAGCAGAGGCAAAGCGUCAGCUAGAAGAAAACCGGCUGCGCAUGGAAGAAGAAGCAGCCCGACAGAGGCAUGAAGAGGAAGAACGAAAACGUAAAGAGCUGGAACUCCAACGCCAGAAAGAAAUUAUGAGGCAGAGGCAGCAGCAGCAGGAGGCUUUGCGCCGAUUGCAGCAGCAGCAACAGCAGCAGCAACUUGCACAGAUGAAGGUACUGAUUCUUCGUAAUGUUACUCUUUUUCUCAUUGCCACAAACCCACUCUCACAAGUUAUGCUCACAGCCCAAGCCAGCAGAGAAGCUCCUGUUAGCUGUGCUGAAAUUUACAUGACCAUUGCCAGAACCUGCCUUUUAACGCUCUUGGAAUUGGGCACCAGAAGCAGGAGAUGGGCAGCUCUAACUUCAAUCAGUGGCAUCCCAGUUUGUCCAGGUUAUCUCUUUACUGCUCAGUGUACCUCAUUGUACACUGCUUAGAUAUUACAGUGCUAAGUGAUAUUUAAGUUGUUGAAAUUAAUAAUAAAUACGGUAAUAACUAAAACAUGAAAGUAGUAUAGAUAUGCAAAUCUCUCUAAUUUACAGAAAAAUUAAGAUUUCCUUGACACAUAUCAUAAUUCCUGCCCCCCGCCCUGCUCAGGGUGUGCAUUUCUGUCCAUAGCUAUAGAUCUGAGAAAGUACAAUGAGGAGCAACUUGCCACCCUACCAAAAAUGUAUAUAGGUGCACAUAUCCUGAGUAAUGCCUCAUUUUUAAGCUAAACCCUUCCAGAGUGCUACCUGGAACUAUCCUUCACCAAGGAUAGCCUGACUACUGUAGUCCAUGUUGCAUUAUUGAGGCUGGAUUACAGUGGUACCUCGGGUUAAGUACUUAAUUCGUUCCGGAGGUCCAUUCUUAACCUGAAACUGUUCUUAACUUGAAGCACCACUUUAGCUAAUGUAGCCUCCUGCUUCUGCUGUGCCGCCGGAGCACAAUUUCUGUUCUCAUCCUGAAGAAGAGUUCUUAACCCGAGGUACUACAGUGGUGCCUCGCAAGACGAAAUUAAUCCGUUCCGCGAGUGUCUUCGUCUAGCGGUUUUUUCAUCUUGUGAAGCAACCCUAUUAGCAGUUUAGCAGAUUAGCGCUAUUAGCGGUUUAGCGGCUAUUAAAGGCUUAGCGGCUUAGCGGCUUAGAAAAAGGGGGGGGGGGAGCGAAAAAAAAUCUCAAGACUCGCAAGACAUUUUCGUCUUGCGAAGCAAGCCCAUAGGGAAAUUCGUCCUGCGAAGCAACUCAAAAACGGAAAACCCUUUCGUCUAGCGGGUUUUCCGUCUUGCGAGGCAUUCGUCUUGCGGGGCACCACUGUAUUUCUGGGUUAGUGGAGUCUGUAACCUGAAGCAUAUGUAACCUGAAGCGUAUGUAACCCAAGGUACCACUGUACUACAAUGCUCUCUAUGUGGGACUGCCCUUGGUUGUGCUCCAGAAGCUUCAGCUGGUAUAGAAUGCAGUGGCCAGACUGUUGGUGGGGGCACAUAGCCCACAACAUGUGACACCAUGGUUAAAACAUCUGCAUUAGCUGCCCAUCUACUACUGAGCCAGGUUUAAGGUCCUUUUGUUAAUUUAGAAGCCCCAAACAACUUAGGUCCGGGGUACCUUAGCAACUGCCUGAACUUUUAUAUCUCAGCUCAUUCACUCAGACCAUUAGCAGGAGUGUUGCUGGUUAUCCACUGAAUUGAAGACAACUCAGCUAUCAGUGACUUGACAUCAUAAUGGCACCAGAUGAUUUAAAGGUGGAUGCCUCUUGUCCCGCUGCCAGAGUUGACCAGCAGGGGUGGGGAAAAUAAUGUUCUGGUUCAUUGGGUAAAAAAGGUUCUCCGCUCCUGAUCUAGAGCAUAAAACUGGGAGUAGAGAAACCUGGAUUCAAAUCAUCACACUGUCAUGAAACUCACUGGAUAAACUUGGGCCACUCUAAUCUGUUUCACCAGGUAGGUGUGAAGAUAAAAUGAAGUCAGUACCAUGUACACAGGUCCUGGGAGGAUGAGCCGUAUAGAAAUGGAGGCUGAAGCUGUUGGUUUUGAAUGGCAUGGGUCUCUGCAUCAGACUUUUUAAAAUGCAUUUUUCAUGGUUUCUCCAUGCUACUACUGCCUUCUUCCCUCAGCUGUUUUCUUUGCUUCAUUUCCUUUCCUUUGAAUAAUUCCCAUUUCAUUCACAACACAGUCAGGUGCUUGAAUCUUACUAUUAUAUUGCUGUAGAAAUUAUGACUAUUGUUGGUAUUAUAAAGAUUAAUUGGAGGUUGGGUACACACCUGGCAGGAAAAGGUUGCAGUUCCACAGUACAAGGAGACAAAAUAAAGAUUGUGGCAUAUUAGCAGCUUUUGUGGCAGACAGUAACAACUGUUUGCAUGUUUUUGAGUGGCUGAUUCAGCAUAUAUCCUGAUGUAUUCAUUCUUUCCAUUAAGAAAAUUUAAGUGCUGUUUCUUGUAUGUCUUUCCUCCCAGCUCCCUUCUUCUUCAACAUGGGGUCAGCAAUCAAAUUCUAGGGCAUGUCAGUCCCAAACGACGUUAUCAUUAGCAGAAAUCCAGAAGCUUGAAGAAGAAAGAGAGCGGCAGCUUCGAGAAGAGGUAAAAUUCAUAGUUUGGUAAAGAGGCUUUAGGUUGCUGCUGAAAUAGAAUAGUCAAAUUUCCUUACCAUUACAUCGUUAUGAAAGACAUAUUCUUUCACCCAUUGUGAAAGAUAUAUUCAUCUGGUGACCUCCCACUACUUUCUGCCUUUAGACAGCCCAUGGCUUGCUCAUUUGUGUGCAGUUGUGGCUUGUCACUGCUAGGAGUCACUGUGACAAUUUCUAAACACUUAAUAAGCUUAACCCAAGAUACCUAGGAGGCUUUACACAGCUCAUUCUCAUCUCCCUUCAUGGAACACAGCAGUUAAACCUUGAAGUUGCCAAUUAAGCAUAGUUUCCUGUAUCAUCUGAGCUGGGAAACUACAGUUACCAGUUUUAGAACAAGGCAGGCUCUGAAGCCAACUUCAAAGCAUUGUUAAAAUCCUAGUUGGUUUUGAACCUAGUAACUGUGAUUUCCCAGUGAUGAAGUAGAAAUUGUGCUUAAUUGAAUAUUUUUUGAGUCUUAACUGCUGUGUGCUACAAAGGGAGAAGAAGGAGAGCAUAAGCAGGCAAAAAGCUUCCAUAUGUCUCAUUUUAAUAAACCCAAGUUAUAAUUGCCCAAAUAUUAUCAUAGUCUUAGAUUACCAAGACUGAAAGAGCAGAGAUUUUCAUAAGCUAGCCUUUUUCUUUUUUGCAAAUUUACCUGGUUUAAUGAUACAAUGUUAAAGACAUAGAAUCGUGGUUAAUAUAAAUGCUAAUUCUACUGAUUCUCGUUAAAUGUAAAGCCUAAAAUUAGAUUCGUUGCCCAUCUAGUUUUAGUUAGGAAUUUAAAAAUGAGGGGGUGGGUAGAAAAGUAAUUUGUUCUAUGAGUAAUGUUUGCUUGACUGGAAAACAAGCAGAAUAUGAAAGUAUUUGUGUCCAGGUGCACUUUCCAAGACCAGAGACUUUGAUCAGUGUGUCUGAGGCAAAUUUCAGUACCCCCAGUGAAACACAUACCUAUUCAGAUUUAUCCAGCUUUGAGGAAAAUGUGUUGAAAACAGUAGAAGAUAAUCAAGUAUGCAUUUAAGAACUGGAAUGUCCUGCACUGACUGUUUUCCAGCAAAGGCGUCAGCAGCGUGAACUAAUGAAAGCCCUCCAGCAGCAACAGCAACAGCAGCAACAGCAACAAAAACUGUCUGGCUGGGGAAAUGUUGCCAAACCUGCCGGUACUACAAAAUCCCUCUUGGAGAUACAGCAGGAGGAGGCAAGGCAGAUGCAGAAGCAGCAACAGCAGCAACACCAGCAACAGCAAAGCAGGUCCCGCAGCAGCACUACAGUGAGUACAACUAAUAAUAAUAAUAAUAAUAAUAAUCUUGUUGAAGUCAAAACUUUAUUUGUAUUGCUUUUCCUCUAUUGGUGAUAAUAAACAGUAUCUCCAUUACUGUUGUUCCAGCAACAUUCUAAUCUGCACACCAGCAUUGGCAAUUCAGUAUGGGGCUCUCUAAACACGAAUCCUAGCAGCCAGUGGGCAUCAGACCUUGUCAGCAGCAUUUGGAGCAAUGCUGAUACAAAAAACUCAAACAUGGGAUUCUGGGACGAUGCAGUCAAAGAAGUUGGACCUCGGAACGCAACCAAUAAAAACAAGAGCAAUGCUAGCAUCAGGUAGGAACUGGGAUGCAGUGAGCUUCCCUUCAAUUCAUUGUAGAGGCUCAGGCCUGUUGCAGGGUCUCUAAAUUAUUUUACUGUAGCCUUUGCCAACCUUGUGCCCUCCAGAUGUUUUGGCUACAUCAUCCCUGACCAUUGGCCUUGCUGACUGGGACAGAUGGGAAUUGUCAUCCAAAACAUCUGGAGUCUUGUGGAUGGAACCUUUCCACCAAACCCUGCAGUGUGCUGUAUCAGUGCAGCCAGGAUUUCUUAUGGUUCCAUUCCUUCUGUUUUCUGUUAGCUCCCAUCUCAGUAUACUUUCAUAUUUGUGAUUUUGACAGAAGGCAGAAAUGUUUGUGAAGCUGCUUGAAUUUUCUAGUCUUGUAUACUUUGCAUGUUUUUUCCUGGUAACCUGUGUCUCUUCCUCACACACUGCCUUUUUGCCUGUCUUAGUAAAUCUAUAGGUGUUACAAGCAGGCAGAAUAAGAAGGUGGAAGAAGAAGAAAAGUUGCUAAAGCUGUUCCAGGGGGUUAAUAAAGCCCAGGAUGGAUUCACUCAAUGGUGUGAACAAAUGCUUCAUGCACUCAACACAGCCAACAACUUGGAUGGUAAGCAGUGAAAAAGGAGUGUGAAAGUUUCAGUCUAACACACUGAGAAACUGCAUCAUAGCUGCACAUUAUCAUGUGAUGCAUUACUGCACAUUGUCCAAAAUUGUAUUUAGAAGCAUUAAGGAAGAUGGGGAAAUUGCAAAAGGUUUGGUAUCCCCAGUAUUCUUGGGAAAUAUUUAAAAUUCCUGAUUUUACACAGAUCAGGGCUGAUGCUACAGUUAAUAUUUUCUUUCCUGUUAAGUUGUACCAUAAGGCAUACACCAUUGCUAAAAAGUUAGAUUAAAUAGGAAAUAAUCAUUAGGAAUCCAGCAGAGACUGUUGUCUUAGUGAGGAAAUUAAUUCAUCCCAUAUCUCAGUGAAUAAGGAGAAAGGGCUCUCUGUUUCUUGCAGGUAAGGAUAAUACUGUAUUACAUAAAGUUUGUAAGGAAAUGUAUGAUAUUGAAAAGCUCUGGAUUUUUUUUUUUUUUGCUUAUGCACCUAUAGGCGUUGUAAGUAUCUCGUGAUUUGUCUUCCUUUCCGGCUGCAGUUCCCACGUUUGUGUCCUUCUUGAAGGAAGUAGAAUCUCCAUACGAGGUCCAUGAUUACAUCAGAGCCUACCUUGGAGAUACCCCUGAAGCCAAGGAAUUUGCCAAGCAGUUUCUUGAGCGCCGUGCCAAACAAAAAGCCAACCAACAGCGGCAGCAACAGGUUCAUGCUUCUGUCUUUGGAGAAUAUUUGCAAGCGAAUUUCUGUGAUUACUGGAGAAACCAGAUCUGUCUCUCUGGUUGAUGUAGAGUUUAGCAAUCUGUUUUAAAACGAGGACAAGCUUGACUAUGGAAUGACUUACAACUGGGGCAGGGAACUCCUGGCUCAUAGACUGGAUGCAUCCUAAAAUACAAAAUGCCCUUACAUGAAAUGCUCUGGGCACUCCUGUUGAGAGAUUGCCAUGUGUACUAUCACUGUGACUGUUGUCUCUUUCUCACAUGCUCUCUUCUCUCUCACUGCAACUUGACUGAAUAGAUUUCUUCUUCCAGUCCCUCCCAUGUUCUGACCUGAAUUUUAGAAUCCCAGGAAUUCUGAUGAAGGGAGCUAUUCUGAGUACCUGGCUGGAAGCAUGAUUCAAAGCAAGGGAUGGGGGAGAGAGAGAUCACUGAGUUGGGGGAAACUCCGGAAAUGGCAGGAUUUUCCCUAGGCAUGGUAGGCUGGGCAAAAAUUUGCAGGGGAGGGGGCAUGUUGUUUGACUGAGGUAAGUUGCCCUCAAGUGUGCCUGAGAAAAGCAAGUGGUACUGGCUGAAUGACAAAACAGGCUACUAAGAAGCUAUUUGCUCUUCUUUUUGGAUCCUUCCAGUGAAACCUAAAUUCAGUCGUGUAGUGGGGAAGAAGGAGAGAGGCAAACAAGCGCCUCCCAGGGCAGACUGAUGCUCCAGAUGGCCACUUCAAAAUGUUAAGCAACCACCUCAGAAACAACAACUAUCUAGUCAUCAGGACAAAAACUCUCUCCCAGUGACAGUGCACUCCUAGACAAGCUUACUUGCCUAGGAUUGUGGCGCUAAUACAAUGCAAUCCUAAGCAUAUUUAUUUGAAAGCAAGUCCCGUUAUGGUCAAUUAAACUUACUGCCUAGUAAAUGAGUGUAGCAUAGGGCACGGAGGGCAGUACAGGGAAUGUGGGAUGGGAUGGAGUGAGGUGGCAUGGCAGAGAGAGAGACAGAGAGAGACAGAGAUGCAAUGCUGAAACUCCACUUGGUUGUUGGAAUUAAAGGCUUUAUUCCAAACUUCAAUACAAUGUCCAAACAUAAGUCAGUUUAUAAGUUGCAAAGGCAGGAAGCACAGCAGAGUUCUAGACACAUGGUUAGACUUAAACUAAGACGUUGACCCAACAACUGAGAUGCCCCUGAACUCUCCUUCUGAAGAGUGGGACAGGUACCUUCAUUUGUGUGAUCUGUGUACCAAGGCUGGGAAUGGGCAUGCAAGCAAGCAAUCCUCCAAGUGGGCUGAACGUGUGAAGUCUGUUUGUGCCAGCACAGUUGUCUCCAUGUUCUUGGUUUAUGGAGACAGAGAUGAUUGAGCCAAUUCACCAUCAGAUGUGUUGCUCUGCGCUGCCUCUGAAAGGGAUGACUUUUCAGUGGUGCCAGAGCCCUCAUCAACCAGCCAAGACUCUACAUUGGGGUGUCCAGUGACACUGAAGUGGGGCAUUCUCUUGCCAUCCCACUUGGAUCUCCUGGGUCCUCAUCACCACCUCUCAAUCCACUGGGUCCACCCCCAGGGUCAGACUGCACCAAAUUCCCAAUCUCUUUCCAUUCCCCAUCAGACCACUCCCUCUAAGACAUCUCCAAGGGGCUUGUGACAAGGCCCUUCAUAGAGAGAAGAUUUCUCACCCCUUGCUUAUUAGACAGCUAUUGUGUUGUAUGUGCAGCUGACCUUAAAAUCUUCUGUAAGUAACGUAGAAUAGGGGUAUGAGAGUGAGGGUGUGUUCAGGUAAUUAACAGAGAUACCAGCGAGUGUGCUAAACAGAAAUGUUACUGGUCUACUGCCUGUGAUUGGGGCAGUGGAUCAUUGUUAUUUUUCUACUUUUACUGAGUGCACAAGGCAUGAUUCCAGCUUGUAAUACAUUAUUUAUUUGUGUUCCAGGAUUCUGUGUGGGGGAUGAACCACAGUUCACUGCAUUCGGUCUUUCAGACUAAUCAGAGCAACAACCAGCAAUCCAACUUUGAGGCAGUGCAGAGUGGUAAAAAGAAGAAGAAACAAAAAAUGGUUCGAGCAGAUCCCAGCUUGUUAGGCAAGUUUUGUGGUACAUUAAAUAAAUGGGGCAAGAGUCAGAAGGGGAAAAUAAAAGCUAAGAUUCCAGAAUCAGGGAUGGCUGCUGGGUGCUUUCUUCCCCUCUUGGAGCUGUAGCCAGAUUUAGGUGUUGCCUGGACAUCACCACUCCAGCUCUUACCCCUGCUUGCCCCAUUAUUAGUUAGUUCCAUUCACACUCAGAUAUGUGGGGGAAGACAGGCUAAUAAGCGCUGAAGGUUUUGUGCGUGCCUGUCAGUCUAUUUUAAUCUUGAUUACUAGCCCUCCCCUUUGCUCGUUUCUCUCUUGUUUCUCAAAUUGCUAGGAAAUGGUUAGCAGAUUUAUAAAAGAUGAACAUUUCUUCAAUAUUUUUGGGGUUUAUUGGGAAGAUUACUCACUCACUCACUCAUGCUUUUAUUGUGUAAAUAUCCUUAAAGCAGGAGCUGAAAGCACUGGAAAAAAUAGCUGGAUUGAUGGCAGGUGCUGCCUUCAAUAUUGUCUUUAAUAUAUAUGGAUUACUUUAUGAAGACAUGUAAGAUCUGGGAAUAAGCUGUACACAUCUGUGCACUAAGAAAUCUGUCUGUCUUGUUUUGCAGGUUUCUCUGUCAAUGCCUCUUCAGAGCGGCUCAACAUGGGAGAAAUAGAGACUUUGGAUGACUACUGA